GCCGCGCAGACAGCAGACACACCCACACCAGCGGAGGACUGUGUUUGAUUCAUGACCGUUACAGAAACAGAAAACCUAAAACUGUUUGUAGUGAUAGCGUAAUAAAAAUUUUUUUAAACACCUGGUAACCCCCUCCGCCAAUAAUGCUCAAACGGGCGCACCCUACACAAGACCGUUCGACAUUUUCAUCAGGCAUUAUGCUGGCUAGCUGUGCGGUGCCCGAAGACCCAUCGGCCUGAUCGUUGAUCGGUUGCGCCCCCUGGUAAACUGCAGUCCCCGGCAGCGCGCACAGAGGCUUUGAGCGCCUUUAACAGCUCCAGCGGCAGCGGUGAUUAUUCCUGGAUUAAGGAAGAACAUUUCACGCAGGACUGGAGAUUAGACCUUAUUGUGGGAGUUUGGUGCAACUUUAACUGCGGACGAGUCGACAGCCGGGAGCUGAGUAGACUUUCCCUCCUGUGGCCAUGGAGUAGAGAAGCGGAGCGGAGCCAGGCGGCAGGCCUGCGGAACACUGACACUGUUAGCCACUCGAGCUAGCUUCAUGAAGCAGUCUAUAUCCCUGUUUGGGUCGCUUUGCUAACCAGCUACUUGCUGUUUUUGUUAGCAUAACAGAUAGCCAACCAAAGUUGCUAGCUGAUUUUGAAGCGAGUAUAUACUAGGAACCUGCCGGGAUCCACUUUUGUUUAAUGUUUCCAGAACUUUCUCGAAGUUUUACAUUCAUUCUUGCGGCUUGUUGUGAAGUGAAGAAGCUAGCGUUGAACGUCUUUGUCGUACCGUUACAAAGUUGAGCUUUCUAUUCAGAGAGAGGGAUGGUUUUUGUGUUAAAUUGAUCCGUAUCUAUUGUAAGGGAUUGCAUGCUGUUGGUUAACCAUAAGAUAAACGCAGUCCGGACUGUACACCCUGCCUACCCCCUCUACAGCCCCGUCCUCCACACCACGGUCUCCUGUCCUCGGCCGGCUCCAGUAGCGGGCCACUCGGCACUGAGUGCCCGAUGGAGGAACAUGACAACAUGGACUAUUUUUACCAGCAGGUGGUACAGAAAGACGUCACCCGCAGGUUGCAGGUGGGCCAGGACCUUAUCGACUACCUGAACGAUCCUCAGCGCUCCCCUGACGUGGAGCAGGACAAACCCCGGCUUGAUAAGACCAUAGACGAGCUAACGGGAUGGGUAAACUCCAGCAAUUUCAAGGUGAGAGAUAGUGGCCAGUCAUCGUUUGGGGGUAUCGCAGUGUCACUGCAGCAGUCACUGAUUCGGCCUGUUCGUCAGUUAUUUUCCAGCUGUUUAACCCAUGAGCCGAGGGAGAGGGGAGGUGGGAUGGAAAUAUGAUGUAGUAUGCCUAGAGUUGGGAUUUAUUGCAACAACUUGAGCAGAGUGAAUGCAUCUCAAACGAGCUGUCAUUGGUACGAGUAUGAAGAAGACACGUCUUGUGUGAAGCAGUCAAUGAAUCUGAUGGCCUGUAACAAGCAAUGGAUAACAGCAUUUUUGAAAACCUGUAUUAAUGUAAUUUUCAGGCUUACAAAAGCAGGCAUUUUUAAAUCCAUCCUUGUGACAGAAUCCGACAUUUCCAGGAGGUUAUUCUUAUGAUAGUAAAGCUAAGCCUGUAUCUGUGCUUUUGGGACCCAUUGUGAGCAUGGCUGCAGACUACCGGAGCUCUGGAAGGGAUGGGGGAGGGGUGAUGGGGCUCAUUGUUAUGACCUACUGUAUGCUCUCUCUUCAUUCAUCUAAAUCUUUUUUCACUGUGUCUCUCACAUAUACUCACACACUGUACUCUGUGUGUGGGAGAGUGAAUGGUGACCCUGUCUGCACUAUUUGCCAUAUCUCAGAUUUGCUGGAAUGUGGUAUUUUUGCCAAGGUAGCUCCCAAACCAGAUAACAAGUCAGAACAGUCUGAAAGCUCAUUUUAAGACAUGCUGAAAUCGGACUCCUGUGGCUUACUUUGGAGGACUAGAAAAUAUCCAUGUGAUCAAUUCAUAUUUUUGUCUUUUAUUGGCACAUAAAGGCCUAGGCAAGUUCUUCUUGUAGCAUCCACUCAUUUCUAAAGCAAAACAAAUCCCACACAUUUCCAAACAUAACAGUAAUUAUGUUGUUUAACGCAGCCUCCCCUCUCAAUUCAAUCAAAUGGCAGACCGGGACAGACAUAUUGUGGGAUCUCUUCCAUAAAUCUGCCUCCAUGAGUUUAAUCUGGAGCUGUUUCAAGCUAACGUUUGAUUUGUUCUUUGAUGCAGAUGACACAUACAGUAACCUGAGCUCAGAUCAGUGUCUGGCAGUGAUGAGAGAGCACACUGUUACCCCUAGAGGCCUUCACAUAGCAGCCUUUUAGUGAUGCUGAUUUGCUCCCUGUCGAGCAUGAGGAAAGCGACUCAGCUUUGAGAAGGAUGCUGAGUCAGCGCAGAGAGAGAUGAAAGAACGGAGGGAUGAUGCAGAGUUGAUAGGAGUCAGGGAAUUGAGAGUUGCGCUGAUAGUCGGGGUAUAGGUAGGUGAGGGGAAAUCAAAAAUCACGCCUCAUAAGUACAUUUAGUGCUCAUAUGAGGCGACUGUCGCGCCCAAGUUCCCCUUUAAGGACCGGAUGAAACCUGAUACUUAAUUCUGUCUGUGGCUCUCUUCAUCUCUGUUUCCUUUGUGUUUCCCUGUCUGGGUCUGUUUUUCAAAGUGAGUCAGUUUCAGCCUCCCCUCUCUUCACUCUGUCAAGUCGGCAGAACAGCAGAUUCACCUCAUGCUCUAUGCACUCAGAAAAAAAAUCACAGUGCUUAUGUGAGGUGCUAUCAGGGGGCAUUAAUAUUGUAUAGGCUGCAGGGCCAGAUGACUUGACACUGACUGGACUGAUAGAAAGCUAUUUCUGCCACCGGCCUGCCUUGACUGGAAACACUUUAGAACUGCUGAGAUGGUUUUUUUUCCGCAGAAGUCUAUAAAUCACCUCAUAAUGCAGAGACAAAAAUACCAAACAGAUUGAUGGAACAGCUGCAUUUGAAUUGUUUGGGUUUGACUUGUACACUUCUGCAUCACCUCUUCUUUUAGCUAAGAAGGAGUCCAAAUAUUCUGUUGUCUGCCUGCUCUAGAGAUUCCAUUUCUAUCAGGACAUUAGUGGCAGCUCAGCUCUCAGCCCCCUCACCAGACAGUCUGUUUUAGAGUUGCAGAUUGUCUUACAGCUAAAAGUCUUUUUCAUUUAAUUCUUUGACUGGUUUGAGUUGUCAAGUCUAGUUUAUUUAUGUGAGCACGCUGCCUGGUUGCAGCUCCUUUUUUCUUCCUGUUUUGACUGACUGAGAGACACAGAUUUUAACAUGAUUCUGUUUCAUAUAAGCUACAAAGAGAGUGUUUUUGUAUAAAAGUGGGGUCGUAUGAGGCACUUGUUUGCAGCAAGUUUAUCACCCAUAGGGGGAUCCAUCCUGGUCAUCUCAGCCCUCUUCUACACAGGCGGAGGAACGCGUAUGUGAUGUGUCAGCAGUUGGUGCUAAAAUAAAUAACCUGUCUGAAAAUCUUAAAAAUAUAACUUUGACUUAGAUGACGUAACUCUCUGAGUCAGAGAUGUCCCCAAAAAAGCUCAAUUAUGUGAUGCAGUUGAGCUCAUCUGCAGGGCUUGGUUGUUUUCAUCAUGGUUCUUCCUUUGGUGUCUCAACAUAGGGGCCAAGUGGACUGGCAUAGCGACUACCCUUUCAAUUUGGCUUCAGUCAACCAAAAACUGAAAUUUAAGCACUCAGCUCUGAAACUGUAGCUGUUAGUUAUGCCGUUAGAUAUUUAACAUGUAAGAAAGUCAUGAAAAAUGACUGUGGCAGUGCCUGAGGUGACGGACAAACUUAUCUUUCUUUUCCAGUCCAAGAGCCCAUCAUCUCCAUAUUUCUAAACCUUAAAACUAUAUGAAAUGAAUGAGCACUCAAUCCUUUGAAGGUUUUGUUUUGGAUUUUCUCGAUAAACUACUUUAAAGUUAACAGCUGUCUAUCAUUUUCGUUGCCUCAUUUCUUUGUAAUCGACUUAAAUUACUUAAUGGUUCAAUUGUUCCAGCUUGUGUCUGUCAUGGCCAUAGCUGUGUAAGUCUUGUGCCUCUGAGAGCCUGUUUUUCUGUCCAAGUCCCACUUUAAGCCCCUCUAGAAUUCAAAGUAAUACCUGUACAUGGUACGCCAAUUAGCAGGCUCAGCCAACAAACGCACCAACCAUCCUGUUGUCACAAAGAGCCAUUCAUACCGAGGUCAAUAUUUACUUUUUUGCUGCAUACCUCAGCUGCUCUGAUGACAUAAAGCCUGCACUUUAGAGAUGCAGCAAAGUGUGUUUCCAUUUCUCACUCCAGACACUUCUUUGUCCAAGUGUCUUUUUAUAGUAUUUGGGGUGAUACCCAAGUGUCUGUUUGGCGCUUUUCCUUGUAUCUCACCAAGACAGACUUUUUCCAUAUAUGAGGAGGCCAGUUCUGAAACUUUUCUCCUCUUUAAGAUGGUCCGUCCCAUCUAUCUUUCAUUCUCUGUCUCUCUCUCAGAGAAAAGAUGCCAUAUGGUUGUGGGUGCCAAGCUUGUUGGGGUGCUGGGUGGAGGAGGGGAAGGGAAGAGGCCUCUUGGCUGUUUUCUUUCUGUACUGUUUCUUUUUCGCCCUGCUGUUUUCCCUCCCCCCUCCUCCCCCUAAAUUAGGUCAGUAUGGGGGAGUCAUCAUGACCUCGAGCUCAUGUUUCCUCUCCAGGUGAUUUUUUUUUUCUUUGCGGUCAUAGUUGGCCUUCGUCCCUGUGUUUUAUCAUCACCCUCAUCCUCCUCCCCCAUUUUUAUUUCUCUGCUUACCUGGCUCUGCUCCUCCUUUGACUAAAAUAGGGAAAAAUUGCAGUCAGCAAGACAGAGGAGUCUGGGAGUUUGGUGUUUUAAUGGAUUUUCUCUUUGGACUGUUCAGCGUUACUGCAGCACUGCCAAAACAAGCAUUCCAGGAGCACAGCGCAGUGUGGGAUGUGAUCCUAAUCAGAAACACAGUGGAAAACUCAACUUCACCACCAGACAAAAAUCUAGUCUACCUUCCUCUAUGACUUAGAUCACAAGCAUUUUAAUCCUUAUAUCUGAACUAGAGAUGAUGAACGUGAUGUGAAUGAAACACACAUCAUAUUGCCUUACAUCUUACAGUACAGCUGACUUUAUUCAUCAGUCUGGUUUCCAAAUAUCUUUAGAUUUCUACCAAAUGAAUACAAAUGAAUGCGAGGUUCAGUUAGCUGCCCUUAUGCAGAUGGUAGAAACAGGGCACCACAAAGUAUUAUAUAAGAGCCACAGCUGUUAGAUAGAGGUGGAUUCUGAGACUUUUUUCUGACUGUUUACUAGAGCGUCAUGUCUUAUUCAUAAAAACAAAUACUGAAGCUCAGUCAGGCACCGCAGCCGAACAGUCAGUUCACCAGGAAGGACUGUGUGUUAGGAAGAACCUGUUGUCAUAAGGGCACAAAUUAGUGCUGAGAUUCUGUGCCCUUAUGUACACUAUAGUUCUCAAAGCAGGCGGCGUUUGUUUGAUCCAAACCCAAACAAGCACUAUUGCCUCACUGUUGGUUUAAAAACUACGAGUAUUUUCCAUCAUACCACUCAUACAGCAUAAAAAUCUGUGCCAGACCCACAUAACUUCACACAUAGCUGUGUUGUCCAGAUAUUGAGCUGUUGGCAGUUACCCUUUGGCCAUAUUAUGUUCCAAGAGAGUUCAGUCAUAUCAUAACAUUACUUGUUAACAUCCCACUCAACGCAAUGGCUGGAGUCCAUGUGAUGUUCUCCACAAUACUGUUGCUAGGAUAUGAUGAAGAGAUGCACACUGAGGAAGGUAGAGGCCAUUUUUAAAAUCAUGGAUGAGCCACUUUAUAACAAACAACAGUGGUGGUGGACAGCUCCUCUGUCUUCACUGCAGGAUGGAGAGAUUCAGAAGAUCUUUUGUACCAACAGCCAUCAGACUUCUCUAUUCUUCUAUAAAUAGUAAAUGAGAUCUAGACGAAUGAAUUUCGCCUUUGGGGAUCAAUAACGUCCUUGUAUAAGUCGGAUUGUACUGUAUAAGUCAAUGCAACUGUGCAGUGAUUUGUACAGCACGGGGGUCUAUUUAGCCAUUUCUGUGACUGUAAAGAAUUCAAAUACACACAUAAGAAUAAAAAACUGAACACAGCAUAUGGAGUAGGGGUGGGAAUCACCGGUGGCCCCACGAUACGAUAUUAUCACAAUACCUGGACCACAAUAUGAUAUUAGUGCGAUUUAUACAAUUUUUACAGCUGUUUAGCUAAUUUAGCAUUUGUCUUUCCUUCAUGUCUGUCUUAUUUUCGCAGUAUUUUAUUUUCAUGUAGCACAUCUAGCAAACCUUAUGUAUCAGGUCCAUCUCAUUUUGUGCCCUGUUAGCAUUCCUAAUGUCCUUCCCCAGGUGCUGCUAAAUUUGUUGUACUAACGCUCUCCUGCUCUGUAACGUCACCUCUGCCAACCUCACAGGGCAAACAGUUGAUUUUAUUUUUCCAUUGCAUCAUAGAUUUGACUUCAUAUAAACAAUUAAUUUGAAAAAAAAAUUGAUGAGACAGUAUGAUAAAUCACCAGACAAAAUAUUGCAAUACGAUGGUGUAUCGAUUUUUUUCUCCCACCCCUAAGAUGGAGUAUGUUAAUGUUCUGUGCAGCUAUCAGAGUUGAAGCUACUUAGAAAACACCUCAAUGUACAAGUGUACCUCUGUUUUCUUUGACCCCAGGUGAUACAUUUUCAGUUGUCUUUUAAACUUUGCUUGUUGUGUCCAUGUUUUCACCUCGGGUAUCUGCUUUUUUGUGUUUAGUCAAACUCUAAGCAAACUGAACAGGCGAAUGGUAAAGUAGCCUUGUGUUUACAUUAGUGUGUACUACAGUUCACUAGGUCAUCAGACUGGCUCUGCUGUAGGGUCAAAAUGUUCAAAGAAAAAGAAAAAACCUCUGUCUUUUAACGGUGGAAAGUUGAUAUUUAAAGAUGUAUCUCUGUUUGAUAUUUACUUGAGGACUUCCAGACUGGUAUUUUAGGGUUGGUGAAACAAUUUGAGCUGACUGACUGAUUCCUGUGCUGCUGCCUGAUGUUCUUUAUUUCCAUCAUUUUCACAUGACUCAGACCAGUCACUUCCUGUUUUUACUUAGUCGCCUCUUUGGUGUCAGCUGUUGCCAGCAUUAGUUUGACACAGUGUUAGUGUCUGGCGCUAAAAGGCUCAUUCUAAUGUCAGAACAUCAGGAUCACAGGCGUAACAGCUGUUGGCAGACUGAGAGAACAUGAAAAAUUUACCUUACACAGUCUCAGCUGUUUUAAUUUGCAGUCAGCAAAACACAGUGUGAUUCAGCAUUAGAAAAAUCCAUUUAGUCUGACAAGAUCAGUGUCAGGAUUUUGCUAAAUCCUCUGCAGUGGUUGAAAUGUGCUCAUUUUAUAAAAGGGCAGCUGCAAAUGUACUCCACUUUAAAGGAAGAAUGAUGUUUCAUAAUUGUGUCUAAUCAAGAUGAAUGACCUGCUUUGACCUUUGCCUCUUUCUCACUCUGUGUUUUGCAGGUGGCGCUGAUGGGGAUAGAUAUUUGUGGGGCAUUUGUAGAUCGCAUGGGAGAGCGGUUCAAGGGAUACCUGGGCACAGGUGAGAAAUCCAACUCGUCCCCACCAUGACCUCCUUUAAGGGUUUUCUCAGGGGUUAAAAUAAAAAUAUAAAACUAUGAAAGAAAGCAGCCUUUAUUAGGUAAUAAAUCAAUUCAAGUGCAGACUAAAUACCUCUUUUGUUUACCUUUUUGUUUUACUCUUAAAGAUCUUCAAUAUAUAAUUGUGUGAAGGAGAAAUACACAACGAGGAUACAUUUGUGAUAAAUCAAUUACAGGCCCAGGUCUGUCAGUUACAUCUCAGGGUCCGAGUAAAUCUCAGUGAAAAUCUGACUUGAAAUACGAAUUCAUGUUUCAGACAGUCUAAUCUCAUAAAAGAAAGUCCUAAUGUUAUUCUGAGAGGGUGAAUGAGAAGAGCAGUUUAAUGAAAAGUAUCAUGAGAAAACACAUAGUUUCAAGUGUCAGGACUCUGAAAAGAUGACGUCACUUCUGCUGUGAUUGUCAACAAAAACCUCACUAAUCUAAAACUCAGCAUAGGCUUACCAAGGCUAACCAUAGACUCACAUUAUAACUUUCUUCUCACAACUUUUUGUCUUUCUUUCAUAGUUCCUGUUUUUCUCUGUUGAUGUAGCCUUGAUAAAUUGUCAUUUAAUCUUAGGUGAUCUUUGUGCUAGUUUCAGGAGCUCCUGAAGUUAUUAAUUCUAUACAUUGGAUAAAAAUGCCUUGCAUAACAACACUCCUCUGUGUUUUUACACUUAAGGGGAUGUUUUCUUUAUUGUUUUUGGAAAAUGUCUCUCCAUUUGUGUCUCACUUCCACUUUGUGGCUCCUCUGAGACCAAUCUGCUCUGAAGCCUGGUACCCCCUCCUCCUCCUCUUCCUCCUCCUCUCUGUUGUUCAUCUUUUAGUCUCUAUAUUUAGUCUCUGAAUUGUCUACCAAACUUCAUCUCAGGCUGUUACUCCCCAAUACCGCUCUUCACAUCAUUCACAUAACCUCAUACACCGAGUCUUGUAUCAGCUGUCAGGCUUUGAGAGUGUGUAUUUGUGUGUCAUGUCAGUGGUAGACCUUUGUGUGCACCCGCUCAAGGUGUCACCAGCUGUCUUUGUCAGCCAGACGGACCCUCGUCCCUGUCCAACACACUCAGUCCUGCAGCGCGGCUUUGGGAUGAGUGGGCCUGUCAUACUGAGAAAAGUCUGUCACCACACACACACACACACACACACACACACACACACACACACACACACACACACACACACACACACACACACACACACACACACACACACAUACUUGCUCACUGUGCCUUAGCCUGUCUCUGUGUAUGAGUGCAGUGAAUGUGUGUGUUUCAUAGUAAUGGUAAAAACAUCUUUCUGAGCCACCGCUGGCUCUGAAUCCCCCCGCCUCCAUCUGACUUCCAUCCCUCCUUUCCUGUACUCUCUUUUUUUCUAUCCCUCUCUCUGCACCCACCCACCCUCCACCCACACACACACACACACACACAUGCACACAGGAGGGAGUGGGAUGAGAUCAUAGACACUGAGUGAUCGGAUUGAUCUACAGUACUGAUCUACAGUACUCAUUGCUCGCCGCUCUUCCUCUGUACAUGUGAACGUGUUUGUAUCACACAGAGGUGUGAGACGGCAGAUGAAAGUGAAACAUACAGAUCACAUACGACUACACUUUGACCUGUGGAGACUCCCUUGAUUGCUGAUGCAGACGUUGAAUGGUGUGCUGUGAUUGGCUGACGAGCAGCUCUGAAAAAAAAAAAGAACCAGUAGAAGACAACUUGGCACACACACACAUGCGUGUUAGUGUGUGUGUGUCUGUUUCCAUCCUUACUACAGCAGAUGACGUCAGGUGCAACAAUGCCCCCCUGUCAUUUUUCUGUUUGAGGGCAUUGUCCUUUGUUGCCAAGGCAACCAUCUGUUAUGGUAACAUAAUGUACGCACACACACACACACACACACACAGCACAGGAAAAGGACAGAUGACUUCACUACUCUGGUUGAAGUUUCAGAAUAAGAAUGUGGGUAGGAGUGUGUGUGUGUGUGUGUGUGUGUGUGUGUGUGUGUGUGUGUGUGUGUGUGUGUGUGUGUGUGUGUGUGUGUGUGUGUGUGAUGUCAUUUUGAAGGCAGAGUUUAAUUAGCUCAGUUUUCCAUUUAAAAGAGAAUAGCGCACCCGAUUUGGCAUGUUGUGUCUUUGAACAGAUGUAGAGAUUUACAGUCUAAAAUAAGCAGCUCCAAUCACUCCCUGUUGUGAACUUCUGACUUUUAGGAGUUCAGGAAUAAAGAUGGAUUUAUUUGUUGUUGUUUUCAGUUUUAACAGGCACAUGUAAAAUGAUCUUCUGAAAGAUCAGUCUGUCAGUUUGACAGCUCGCUGAAGGUAUGAAAACUGAAGGAGCAGAAAAGUGUCAGUUAAAUGUGGUUGAACUCCAUCUUGGUGAAAUGCAGAUGUUUGAAAGUAUUUUGGAUUUAGAAGAGACAAGAUUUUAUGAAUUCAGGUAGCAUACAAACAGGUAGGGCUGGGCGAUAUGGCCUCAAAUUAAUAUCACAAUAUAUUGAGCAGUUCACCUCGAUAAUGAUAAAUGGAUGAUAACUACUCCACAAGCUGCUCACCCCCUCCCACAUUAACUUUGUCUACUUCAGCCGCUGCUCCAACCACUCGAACUUCUGAACUGUCCUCCAUCUCCUCACCUGUCUUUCCCACUUUGUUACGGACUGGAUGAGGUGGAGUCACACCUUUGACGUAGGACAGGGUCUUAAAGGGACAUGAGACCAUAGCGUACCCACACACAUCCAAAACCAACUUUUACACACUUGUUGCAGUACAUGUUUUACAAAAAUUAAAAGAGGGAGCAGGACAGGAGCUAAAUUUACAUGUUCCAGUUUUUGAUUAUUUGUGGACUGAAGCGUCCUGGAGGCCCACUGUCCUGCAUGUUUUGGAUGUUUCCCUGCUCAAACACACCUGAUUCAAAUGAUCAGCUCGUUAUCAAGCUCUGUAAUGGCUUAAUAACGAGCUGAUCAUUUGAAUCAGGUGUGUUGGAGCAGGUAAACAUCCAAAACAUGCAGGACAGUGGGGCUUGAGGACUGGACUUGAGAACCACUGCUUUAGACCCAUGCAUGCAAAUCACUGAGGUAUCCAAAAAACAAGAUGUUGUUGCUGAUGUUCACAUUUCAUUAUUUGCUUGUGAACUGACAGUUUAGUAAUUGCAACAGACAUUGUUCUCGCACAAAGCAGAUUUUUCUACAGUACAAUUGAUUAUCCCAGUCGUUGUCCUGUUUCCAGCUCUCUGUCAAAUUAGUUUUUUAUUCCCCUGAAGAUGUAACUCAGGCUGUACACAAUUAUUUAAAAAACCUACUUUGAAAAGGAGAAAAUCUGAAAUUAGUUUUUUUUAGGCUUCAGAUUGAGAUAUCGACGGUUUAAAAGCAGGAACAGGACAUUGGAUUGACUGAAACAUCGCUGUGCUCACAUUGAUCAUAUUGACAGAUUUCAAAUAGCUUUUAGACAUGAAUGGACAUUUGCGGCACAGAGGAGUAAGCUGUGAUAGGAAUAAACCCCUGUUGAUCGCAGGCUUUUUAUUUUAUUUUUUUUUAGCAGAGGAAUACCGACUCAUCCUCUCACUGAAGAUUAUUAAUUCACAGUGGGACCAACAAAAGGCUGUCCUUCAAAUAAAAAGCUGUUGAGAGCAUAUUCGUCUGAUAUUAAAGCUGAAAAUACACUCACAGCCGAGGGCCCUUCUGCUUCCUCAGUUUCUCAUUUUGUCGAGGAUUAGUGUAACCAUUUGAAGCAUUUGUGUUGUUGCCAAAAGCCUCAUACUUCCGCUGGAUGCCAGCAUUUAAAGGCUCUUUACAGCCUGUAUCGCUUGGCCGUGCGACUGCAGCAGAUCAAGUGUAACUGACGUGAGUGCAUUGGAUGAUCUUGACAUUAUUUUAGUCACGGUCCAUUUCUCAUUUCCUGUCCUCUCUUUCCCCUCGUCAUGUCAGAGCCCUGCAGGGGACAGUGGCGUAAAUAUUUACAUUAAAACAUGUUUUUAUCUCACUGCCAUAUCAGACACUUUGUACAACUUUGCAUGUUUAUGUAAGUGUUUUUAAAAGCACUCCACUUGGGGGCAGUCUUCAUUAUCCAGCAGAGACUAGAGCCUCGUGUGUGGCCUUGUUCCUGAUGCUGGAUGUAAAUAAUGAACAUUAAACAGCAGUUUUCCCACAUUUCAUAGACUCCCGUCUCUAACCCAGACUCUCCAUCUUGUCUCUUUCUCGCUCACUGACCUCUUUUUUUCUUGUUUGUAGUUUUGCCAGCUCUGGUGGACAGGCUGGGCGACGGGAAGGACCAGGUCAGGGAGAACAGCCAAGCUCUUAUCCUUCGCUGCAUGGAGCAGACUGCCUCGCCCAUGGUGAGACAUACACACACACACGCAUACACAAACUAUAUUCAUAAAAACACGGGCCUCAGAACCCUGUUGAAGGGAGGCCUCUUUUUAAACUUGUGAGUUAAAGAGGCUGGCUGUUUUAAAAGAUCGAAGAUGAGAAGUUUCCUUAAGCAGUUCUAGGAUUGUUAUUGUAUUUCAAAUCUAAGCAGGGAUAUAAAAUGAUAUCAAGGUUUUGAAGGUGGGGACUGUGUUCUCAUUUGUUUGCAUGUUUUUGUUCUGUAAGAGUCACUCACAGGACAGCAAACCAACUCAGGUCAGUUGUUGUUAUUUGGAGAAACGCCUUAUUAAAUUACAAAUCAGAGACUGCAGACAAAUCAAAGCCACCUCCACAUCAAUAAAUAAUCACCACAGCUGGGAGGUAUUCUGUGCUCAGGGCUCCCUCUUCUGGAUAUCAGAGGAACUACAAGUGCUGCACCUCCAACCUGAUUUGUGUAAUCUAUACCAAACAGGCAUAGACAUCCACCUACCCUGUGCUCUAUAAUCUCCUCAAACCCCCACACAGGCUGCUGGGGCAGAGCCCUCCUCGCUGCGCUCCUACUGACUCUCUUUUUGUCUCCCCCAACUUCCCCCCUCUCUUUCAUCUAGUAUAUUUGGGAAAGGCUACUUCCUGGUUUCAAACACAAGAACUUCCGCAGUCGAGAGGGAAUCUGCCUGUGUCUCAGUGCCACACUUAGCAUGUGAGUAGCUUCCUCUUCUCCACCUUUGCCACGUCCAUCAUGAAAUGUGAAAGGUCAUCAUAUGAUUUGAAGGAGUGGACAAAACUUCUCUAAUACUCGGCAAAUGUAAACAUAGAAUUUUAUGUUUGAUUUUUUACCUGAUAGACUAUUUCUGCAAAAAAAAAAAAAUGGAAAUGGAUUCUCUAUAUUUUUUACAUGUCUGCUCAUUCAUCAUUUGCCCUUUAAAAGAAAGUUUUAUCAUGUUACUACUGCUCUACAUGAGCAUGCCCCAAAUUCUCUCUUCAAGAAACACACAGAGUCUCUGUCUGCAGGAUUAAUCUGCUUAGCUGUAAAAGGGGCACACGUGCUACAAGAGGCACCACCACUGUAAUCAUGUGACAUUUUUUACAGUCUUGGAGCAUACAUGACACUGUGUGAUUUUUUUUUCCUAUCAGAGAGUUUGGAAAAGCUCCAUCUGUCGUUAAAGUCCAGUAUUUUUCAGCCUGAAGGUGACAUUAAACUAACCCACCUAUAAAUACACAAAUAAACAGACCGCUGCUUGUGUAUCAGUCCAGUUCAGAACUACACGGGUUGUCAGUUUUCCACACACAGCAGGCGUGGGCUUUGGAAUGACGGUGCUAAUUUUGGCAUCUUUUUGCUAAUGGAAAGCAACACCCUUGCGAGAAAUGUUCAUUUGAUUCCUAAAGGUGUAGGUAUGAGACACAUAGGGAUAUGAGCUGCAGAUGGACAGAACAUAACAGACUUCUCCUCAUCACGAUCAUAAACACAUUGAUGUUUCUACUACUUUAGUAGUUAGUUAGUUAGAUUAGUCGACUAAUCGAAUAAUUACGUGCCUUCUCCUCAAAUGUUCAUGCAUCACCGACGUGCUGCCAUGAUACGUAAGGUUUGCUACUUUGCAAGUUAUAUUUUUUUGCCUUACCUAGGCUAAAGUGCUCCCAAACUUCAGAGGUUUUUGAGCACAUACUCGUAGCUGCUGUAUGGGACGCCAGGGCUGCCAUGUUGAAUACCCUGGUGCUCGGUGGAGACACUAUUGUGCAUGUGUGACUCUAUGCAGAGAUAGUAAGUAAGGUAGUAAGUAAGAUGCCUCACUCCACUGGGAAAAAACAUGUCACAAUGGAAUUCAUUGUUGACUUUUUUUAAUUAUUGAUUUUUCAUUGCAGCCUCCUUACAAGAGAGGAAUCCCUGCUUUUUUUUGUCCAAUGCCAGACAUAUCCCAGAUUUUAUUCUCAAUGCAAUAUUCCCCAACAACGCCAUUCAGUGAUCUCCAGCAUGUUUGAGAAACAGAGCAAUGCAGGAGCAACAUGAUAGCAGGGUGACUCCAAUCUGAGCAGAGAAGGUUGAUGAUAACAGAGCGCAGAAUCACACCAGACAGCAUAAGGGAGGGCUGCAAAACUCUUCAAAAGACGAGGAGUGCAUUUGGCUUAUGCACAUUAAAAACAGCUCAUUGUGCUCUCUAAAACACUGACGCUCCAGGGUCAAAUGCUCAAAAUAUUAAAUGCUCUAGUUGUAUUUCGUUGGUACUAUAUCUGCGGUCUUGAAUUGAAACUUGUUUGUAUGAAUGCAGCACGAUUUACAGCGUCCUGUCACUGUGUGCCAAAUAAGUUGUAUACUGAGUUGUUGAGCUCCUUGUGCCUCGGUAGAAUCAGUGUGUUUCCUUGUUCCUUCGAAAUUUGGUACAAACGAGAGUCCAGGUUUUUAUUUGACUGCAAAGACCCUCAUACCUGUAUGACAUUGACAUGGGUAGAUAUCAUCCCUCUAAUUUCCUCGUCUUCUUUUGGCUCUUUUUUUUUCAGGUGUGGAGCUCAGCCACUGAGCCUCAGUAAACUUGUUCCUCAUCUGUGCAUUUUGACUGGAGACCAGAACCCACAGGUAAGACAGACAAAGCAGUUUGGCAGCAGUGUGGUACACGGCAGGGAUGACUCUGUAUCUAUUUAUACUGUGAUAUCUGUGUGCGAAUGCAUACAUGUGAGUAUUAUGUGUCGUGCAUCAUACUUUUAAGCCUGUAGUUAGACUCUCAGUGUUUUAGCUUUAGCUCAGGCAUCCUGAUGCAGCUCUGCGAUCAUCACUGUUAUUAGCUAGGAUUAGGGCUCCAUAGGGACCCCCCACCCAGCCUCACUGCUGAAUCAUAAGCACCAGAACCCAACCAUUAACCCACACAGUGGUACAAGCUGAGUUUUUGUGCAAGAGUGAGAGAGAGAGAUAGAGAGAGAUUGGUUUAACUUCCUGUGGAGUUGCACCCCAAAGCUGAAAUCUGCUCCUGCAGUCUACCCAAUGAUUAUCUACCCACACACUGCCUCGACCAAUCAACAUUGUGGACAGGCCCGCCCACCCUCAGUUACAGAGAAUGCCUUUAACAGCAUCCCACCACCCAAUCGCAGCGCUUCCCUCAACAUGACUAGCAAAUCAGCUGUCUCACAAUAAAAGGCAUGAAAAUGGGCCCUAAGGGGAUUAUUCUUUAAUGUGUUUGCAACCCUAAUCUGGGUAAUCCCAGACAACAGGGGAAGAGUGUAAUCUGUAUGGAAUUAUAAAGAGAAAUUAACCGUAAUCUUAACAGAGUGUGACAUAGUUUGCCAGAACAAGUGUUGUGUUUAAGCCGCGGUGUGACUGUGUGUUUGUCCUUUAAAUUGUUGAAUGUCCUGUGUGGUGUGUUUAGGUACGAGAGGCUUCCAUAACAACACUGGUGGAUGUUUACCGCCAUGUUGGGGAGAGGGUUCGAGCAGACCUGGGGAAAAGAGGACUGCCGGCUGCACGGUGAGUUUUUGAACAUAUCAGUCAUUGAGUGUGUGUGUGUGUGUGUGUGUGUGUGUGUGUGUGUGUGUGUGUGCGUGUGUGUGUGUGUGUGUGUGUGUGUGUGUGUGUGUGUGUGUGUGUGCUGACUUGUGCCCCCGGGUCCCGUGGCCUUGGCACUCAGUCUGUCCCAGGCCACACCAUGCACCACCCUGCCCUUCACACACACAGAGGCACUUUCAUCCAGAGCACAAUGCUGACUGACCACGGUGGAGGGUAUGGGGGGGAGGGGGGCAGAGGGGCAACAAAGGCGCUGGGUGGAGAAACAGAGUUGGGGAAAAAUUGGGGAAAGUGUGUGUCUGUGUAUAAGUGACAUCUGAAGAGCUCUAUUGAAGGUUUGCGUCCUUCUUUGGUCGUCCUGGUUACAUGUGCACGGUUGGGGGUUAUUCUAAGCACACACUGACUGACCCCCCUGUGUCUCCCCCCCUCUCUCCCCUCUUUCUCCCAUGUGUGAGAUCGGAGCAGCAGCCAGGUUUGUUCGCUGCUGCCUGCUCUCUAUGAGUCUUACGUCUGUGAAUGCUGGCUCUGGCCAUGUGUCAUGUGCUGUGCAUAUUAAGCCUGUUUGUCUCCAGUGUAAACACACUGUCUGCGUAUGUGGGAUUUAAACAGACCAGCGUGUGUCUGCCAGCUCCAUGUUGUACGACGAGGUCUGACAGGCAGUGAUUUAUGUCUGAAACUAAUAUAAAAUGUAUAAAAAUGGCCCUCUCAGUGUGGAUAACCAUCUGAAUUUACUAAUGAUCGUUCCUGAGCAGUGUUGGGAAUCUGAGGUGGAGGUAUUUUUGUCUUUGUGUUACCAUAUGGUCAGUGGGUGAAUUUCAGGUUUGCAGCCAGGAGCUUGUAGACCAGAUCAGAUAUCAGCUAUGUCAAGCCAGCAUCAGAUAAAGAGGAGAAAGAUGGUGUUGUGACAGAGUGAGAGAGGCGUAGUAAUAUUGGAGAGUGCGUUCGAGGAGGAAGGGUCAACGUAUCCAGAGGACUGACUUUUAUUCCAUCUUCAAACACUCAAAGUACAUUUCAAAUUCAGAGUCGUGCCCCUCACUCUUCUGAGAGCUGAAAUCCUCUCAAAGUCUGCUCUGUUGCAACAACCCAAACUGUGUGUUUUUUGUUUAUAUGAAGGGCUGUUAGCUCUACACAGAGAAACAAUAGUGUUGGCCUGGAGGUCUUGAAUAAUGACUGUUGCUACAUUUUCCAUGACAGUCUUGAAUCCAGUUCACAUUAAAAUCUCAAGAUGUAAUUUGAUGUGGACAACUCUUCUGUCCUGUGGGCCAGAUACAAUUCUCUUAAUGAAUGUAUGAAUCCACAGUGACCCACAGACACACAACACUUAAUACACGUACAUCUACCUUUAUCUACACAGCGCCAAUGUUUAGAAGUUUUGCAAAAAAAGCAGGUCUGGACUACACUCCUUGUUCACGAACUACAUGAAGACCCAUCAGCAAGAUAAGAUUCAUUCCAGGGAUGUAAACCAUCAAUCCAGUAUUGAGUAACUGGUUGUCGGGAACAAGCUUUUUCCUUCCAAUAUCUUAUAUUUGAGAUAAAGGAAGUUUCAGAUCAACAUGGAUGAAGGUCUUAUGCGCAGUGGAGAUGCUCAGUGAGACAUUGCAGCCGUGCAUGAGGUCUCUACAAGCUCUUUCUUGGGAGCACAUGAAAUAGACACAUCAGACAUACAAGAAGGUUGAGAAUUUUUUUAUUGGACAUACAGAGAUGUUUCCCAGACUAGCGCUUGGUGCUGUCUGAGCGUCUGUUUUCUGCUCUCAGACCUGGUUGUGCUCCCGACUGACAUGCUAAUUUUUCUCAAUAAAAACAAGCAUGCAGAAAACUGGACUCUGGAGUCUUGAGUUUUGUUUGGUCUUCUUGUUGCAGCCACACUUGAAAGGACUAUAUGUACGUGGAGGUAACCUUCAUAAGCCUGCUCUGCGUGUUGAUAUUUAGUGUGUUGAACAACUUGUGCUCCUCUAUGAGUUAACUAGUUUUUUCAGUAGCCUCGAGUCCAUUUUAUUCUUAUUUUUCCUUGAUAGAUAUGUGAUUUGGGUUGAAGUCGAUCAAUACAUAAAAAGUAUGACAAUUUUAUUUAAAUUAAAUGUGUGCAGACAGAGCAUGGAACCAUCUUGAAAUCUAUACUAAAGUGCAGGCUCCUCUGCCCACAGAAUAGCAAUUUUCACAGUCUGGUGAUACAGUUAAAAAAAAAAAGUAGUUUACAGACUGUGUCAGACUGGGACUGUCUGAGUGGCAUCACCUAAUUUUAGAUUCGGCCUCAAACGCGUACCAAAACGUCCCUAAGAACAGGAUUACAAAACAUUUUCACUUUCAGGUCAGUUCAUCUGCUGUCUGUUCAACACAACUGGACAGUGUUUCUAUUCGUCAGUGUCAGAUGAGAUUACUCCACACAGACAGUGAACCUGAUGAGCUUCUUUGGCCAGCGGGGACAGAGGUUAGACCUGCGCAGGCGGUCAGCCUGAAUGGAUCAGAGUGAACCAUCUGACCCGGCUGUUUGACCCGAGCUGCCCUCUCCUGCCUUAGAUGAGGGUCAGACGAUCCCUUCACUUCUUUGUGUCUGAUCAGAUGGCAUUUUUAUUUUUAAGUGUUGUUAUUUAGCAUUAAACAUCAUCCAAACUGGGUCCUCACUUUCCGAGAAAACUGCAACAAGACUGCAUGUCUGUUCAACGUCCUCUAAAAGUUGACUGGUAUGGGAGAGAAGCACUAUCAUAAACUUAAGUCCCUGUUUACAGUCACAACAAGGAUUAACCCUGGACAACAGUCUGCUGUCAUUUGGUUAAAUGCUGGUUGAUGAAGCAUCAAGUAGACUUCCUCAUUUUUUUUAGGGGGGGUUGGGUGAAAUGACCUGAAAGGUAAAGGUGACCCUUGACCUCCAAAGACGGGAAGUUAUGCUCUGAGGAGGCAGGGUAACGAAAUUUAAAAAUAUAAGAGAGGGGGUGUUAGGACUAGAAAAAAACAAAAGGAGGGUGAAUAUUGGAAAGUGGGGUGAGGAGUGAUGAGGGGGGAGGAGCCGUCUCGCUUUCUGUCUACUGCUCGCUCUAACAGCCCCUCCCCCUCUGGCAAGUGUGUGUAUAUGUAUUUGUGUGUGUGUGUCUGGUUAUAAGAGGAAGGUUAUGUAAAGGGUAACAGAAUCUCUUUGCUGCCUGUCACACAGACCGUCUCCCCCUCUAUCUCUCUCUCUUACACACACACACACACACACAUGCACACCCGCAGCUUUAGAUUUAACUCUUUAUUCCAGAGUUUAGAUGUCUCAGCAGGGGUUUUCUGUGAGCUUAGGGUACAGUAUGUAUGUGCGACAGUAGGUGGUGCCUAGUCAUAUGCCCGUAGCAUGCUCUGUUCUCCUGCUGCUCGUCCCUCUCUCUCUCUCUCUCUCUCUCUCUCUCUCUCUCUCUUUCUCUCUCUUUCCUACACCCUCCCUUCCUCCCUCCCUCCCUUGCUCUCAGAGCCACUGCACCAUGUUGGAUACAAAGAGCCGAGGGAAGCCGAGGACCAGAGUGUGUCACUAGCAUGGGAGCUACUGCAACGUUGCACAGCAACGCAGCACUCUAUUUAUCACUCUGCUGGGAAAUACUGAAGCGAAUGAGCACUGAGGACUAAACACAAGGCAGUUUUUGAAGCGAAUAGGCAAAUUAAAAUGCUAAUUUACAGAAGGGGACCACGUGAAAAGGCUGCACGGCUGAGGAGCCCGCUGCAACGCUAAUCGUCACUUAUCUGGAGCUGCUUCGCUGUCGGUUAGUUGUGGACCAGCACCCAGACAGGAAUACACAGGCAGAGACACAGACGGAGGUUGGUGGGUGUGUGUGUAUGACUGUGUGGUUUGAUCUUGUGUGCUCACGUGUGGCUCACCUUUCCACAAGGAGACCUGAAAGGAGGGCACAUUACAGGACCUGGGUCAUUAUUACGGUGACGUGCUGUGUUGUUGUCAUUGCAGUCAUGUGAGUCAACACCGGAGAUAUCUGAGGUCACAUUUGUGCAGAGAUGCUGUUUAGCUGGACUGGUCUGUGUUUGGGUGGUCACCAUGCUGAAGGUCUUACCUGUAAAUGAGAGGACAGAGCAGAUCCAGCCCGGGGUUACGCGUGUGUGUGCGCAUUUAUAUGUGCGUGUGUGUCAGAAAGACUCUCGCUGUGUUACUGCUGCAGACUCAUGAGUGUGACAGGCAUGAUAGACACACCCACUCACCAACAAGCAGACUGACAGGCAGGGUGUCUGUCCACAUGUUGCUGCUGCUGCUGCUGCCGAUUAUACUUUCACUUAGGGGUACACAGCUUAAAUCUGGGGGCUGAUUAUCUCUUCUUAAUAUGUGAAAAAACUCCAAUAAAUGAUAAUUAUGAUCGAGUACAUUUUCUUUAUUUUGCAGUCAUACCCACCUAUUAUCUCUGUUUUGCUGUGUAUGUCUGUUUCGCUCUAAUCUCUCCCCUCUCUCUCUCUCUCUCUCUCUACAGGUUACAGACGUUAUUCGCUCGUUUUGAUGAAGCCUUGAAUACAGGCAACAUGGCUCUUAGCCCAAGUCACGGUCAGUGCCUUUUCUUAUUUAUUUCCCUCUAUACUCAUUGGCCUCCGAGAGCCUCGAAACUGAGUCAUGUUGGCGAAGAAAUGUUACUGUUGUCGGGAAUUUGGUGUGAAUUUGAGGAAAAAGGUGGCUGCGUAUGGUUCAGUGGGUGCCUGUGCGUGUCUAUCUGCAUGUGCUGCGUUUGUUGCCAUGUGCUCCUGUAAGAGGACCUAACAGGAUUAAUGCUUUAAUCUGUGUGUGCGUGUGUGUGUUUUUGUGUGUGUCUGCAAUUGUGUGGGUUUUUCCAGCUGAGCCAGACCCGAGCUGAAGGCUACUGCUGCAGAUGAUUUUGUCAUCAGGCAGUGGAGUGGGCCGUGAAUUCAGUCAGUGUUGUGUGACCGUGCAGAGUGAGCAGUAUUAAUGAAACCCCCCCGCAGCCAAGUUUGUCUUAAGGGAUUUACUGACACCCAUACAAGAAGGGAAACUGUUCAUGGAAUUGUGAUUUUUACACCUAAAGAUUCAGUUCAUAUGAAAUUUUAAAACAAAGAUUGACUUUUUAUUUAAAUGUCACCUUCUAUUUUAAUUUUUUUUUUUAAAUUUUACGACUGUGUCUGCUGUCUUGAGGUGUUUGCAGACUGACCUGGCGGUGGUUACCUUCAUGAGUUGAUUGGGUAGCUUUUUCAGGGAAUCACCUGCAUGUGUGCCUACGGUAGGUGAGCUCAUGCUUGUGUGUCUGCACGAUCAUUGGCUGCUGCGUCGUCCUGAGUUUUUGUAAAUGGUUAAAAACAGUGACGUCACUAUCGUGCAGGAGUAGAUGGUCUGCUCCAGUAACUCUUCCAUGCUCCGGUGUACACAAUGCACAAACCCUCAGCUGUUUACUUCAGAGUCAUGAGGUGGUUAGAGCAUCAAAACUAGGGCUGGACAAUAUGGCCUCAAAUCAAUAUCACAAUAUAUUGAGCAGGUCACCUUGAUAACGAUAAAUAGACGAUAACUACUCCACAAGCUGCUCACCCCCUCCCACAUUAACUUCUUUUACUUCAUAUCCUCACCUGUCUUUCCCUCUUUGUUAUUGACUGGAAGGGGUAGAGUCACGUCUCUGACAAAGGACAGCGUCUUUAAGGGAUAUGAGACCAUAGCCUACCUACAUACAUCCAAAACCAACUUUUAGUUAUUUAUUUAUUUAUUUGACACCGAAUAUAUUGACAUGGGCAAAAGGACGUUGGUUAUUGUCGUAAAUUUCAGAAUCAGUAAGUUUUUGGUUUAUCACUCAGCCCUAACCCAAGCUGCAGCGUCUCAUUGAAUAGAUGUUUCUCAGAUGCUGCGCUACAUGGUCACAAAAGCCGCUAUGCUAUUAAAACGCUAUCUGAUCUAGGAAACAGCAGCGCUACCACUAAGCUCCUGAAAAAUGUUGUUAAGCUACUGUCAUAGCUGUAUGGAACACUGCUAAUAAAUUAGCGAUAAAUCAUUGAAACCGGUUAAUUUGUAUUUGUGGAAUUUUUUAGAUUUACAGAAAUGAAAAUAGAGAAUUUGCACUGUUCCCCCCUGUACCCCUAGUUCACUUUCUGCUGAGACAAACAAACACACAACAGCAUCAUGUCUGCCCGGGCAAGUGAAGAGUUCACGCCCUAAACAGUCAGUUGGAACUGGUUUGCUUUUGAAGUGUCAGACCUAAAUAAAAAAAAACAGUGUUUGUAGUCACGUCCUUGUCAUUUCUACUUUUCUUUCAUGAGAAAAAAGAAUAAAUCAAGUUUUUAAUAAUAAAAACAUCAGUGUUUUUUAUUUUUAGCUCAAAUCGCCCAGCCCUAGUCACUGCCCAUCAAUCCACAUAACUAGCUGUAAGCUGAGUUUGUUCUCCCUGUGAGGUCAGUCAGGUCUGUUGUUGAUGUCGAGCAGAGCCUGUCAUUGGCUGUUUGUACCCGAGGGCUGCCCUGUCACUGUAUCUACGUGUCUAAAAGUGACGGCCGUGGUUGGUGCCUGCUCGACUGUUGCAGUCUGCGCAGGGAGGGACGUGGAGAGAAGCUCAGGGCGUGUUGUUGUAGCAGUUGCUAUGAUGCUGUCUCUUUGAGGUGGAGAGGGUGUUACUUUUAACUCCUACCUCUCUUGGGGCUCUGCUUGUUAUUAUCCAAUCAUAUUAGGCUUUUUUUUUUUCUUUCUUUUAGACAAUUUAACAGUCGAUGGUUGCCAGAAUGUGGAGUGGUGCUUUUGUUCAUCCUGUAAGAAUCUCCCAUGAGCCAUUUAGAGGAAUAAGGUAGAAAACACACUUGAUUCACAAUCCUUCACCUUGAUCCAGACUAGCCAGAAGCAUCACAAAAAGCACUUCACAAACCACAACAAUCCGACUCUAGAGGUGUGGUGUUUAGACUUCAGAGGUAUGUAGCAAAAUAGACUGAGUAAAAUCACCUGAAAAUGAGAAUCUAUCUGUUUUUGUUAACUCAGGAUGAGACUUUAUAUCCACAUAAGAAGCAGGUGUUGUUUCUAGUGUAGCACAAGGAAAUAUUUUUUAUAUUUAGUUAGAGAUCAGAGAAAUCCACAGGUUGGAAAUUGAAGACAAGGAGAGAGGUUGUGGACAAAUGGAGGGCCAUAUUUGUUGUGCAUCACAGGAGCCUUUUGUCCUCAAAUGUUACUGCCACUUCACAGAUGGAGGGGUGAGCAUGGGAGCAUUUCAGUCUAGAAUCUAAUUUCUUUAUAUUUGUUCCCAUUCUACAAACUGUACCUCUAACAAGAACCCACCGUUAUUCUUUCUCUCCUUACUACUUAAAGUGGUAUUAGUUGUCUUAAAGUUGUGAUUGUUAAGUUUUUAGCUGAAAUCACGUUACCAUUUCAAGGACUUUUCAUCUGUAGAGCUCCAGUAGCUCAUUACCAAUCCGCCUCUGAGCCGUGGGCCGAGACAGCACUGCUCUGCACACUCCUCUUCACGCUAGCUUGUAGCCUAACAUUGCCACUGUAGUAGGAGCUAUUCAGCUCUCGGACCCUAAUGUCUUUGGGGACAUGAUGAAAGCUAAUAUCAUAAUUAGCUCUGAUUUAGCAGCUUUGGUGAUUUCAAACAGGUAGAGAAGCUGCUGUAGUAUCUGUUAUUUUUUUAAGUGGCUCCUCUUAAAUCACAAACACCAGUUUCUUGACGAAACACAAACUAGAAGUGAGUACAGAUGCUCACCAAAGUGAACAUGAAAUUGGCUGUAUGUCUGGCUGUUUGACCUCAGAUACACUGAAGCUUCCUUUUUUCUGCGUGACUUAAGUUUGACCCUCCACAGCUGGCUGCAACAAGUCAACUGCAUAUUAAUGGUGCAGCCGCAUCCCUGUCUAGAAGGGGUGAGAAUUCACUGCAAACACAUCUCUGUUUUGAUUAAUUAGUCCAAUUUUAGAAAAUUAAAGCAAACAUCAAUUGUUUUAGCUAGCUGUUGAUUUGACUUUACCAAUAAUUGGACUGUUGUAUUGAAUGUCACACCCCUGGGUGUGCCGUUGUACUCAGUGUCAGCAUGGUGAAGGAAUCUUCAGUGGUAUUGUUGCUCCAACCGAAUCACAGUCAUGCUUAUACAAUAAAACCGGAGUUGUUGUUUGAAGCCAAACUUACUCCUUACCCUGUCCUUGAUCAGAGAUUUUUUUUUUGUUGUUGGACAAGAAUAAUUAUUUGAAAUAAAAAAGUGACUAUAGCUAAAAUAAUUCCAACAAUUUAUGACCACUCAGUUUCUUAAAGAAUAAUAAUUGCAGCGUUAUACAUUCUCUUGAGCAGCAGGUGUGAGGUUGUAUCUUGUUAGUUGAGCUUAAAUCAAUAUUAGUUAACUGAAUCUAAAAACAUUGUUUCAGUCUGUUUGUUUUCCCCACCUGUUUCUUCUCCAUGAUUUUAUGUUUGCUGCAUAAUCAUAAUACUUUAUAGAAACAGAUGCACAGAAGCAAAGUGUACCGCUGCAAAAGAUUGGUCCGACUGUGUGUCAGCAAUUGAGAGAGCGAGAGAGAAACACUUUAUUUACCUCCUUAAACCAGGUAAUGAGCCGUACCUGCACAUGAACAGCAGUCACCUCUCAGGAGUCACAGUCUUUCCUACACAGAAAUUGAAAUUUUGUUAUUCUCGCCUUUCAAAUUUUCCUGCAGUUUUUAUUGAGAAAACUGGACAGCAUCCAGGCCCUUCUGUUUUCUCUGUGCAGCCAUUAACCACUAAAUCUGUUGUGUGGCAUUUGGGUGAAGGCAAAAGAAAUCAGAUAAGUCACUGUCAACGUCUGAGACGGUCCUAACCUUUCCACACGUGUCGUCACUGUUGGGCAUUUUUACCUCUGAACAUUUUGGCUCCACAAACCAUCUGUUGGCAUUGAGCUGUCCAUGUAAACAUUUUUUAUACAGUCAAAAAGGGACAAAAGUCUGUCAAGAGUCAAAGGCUGAAUUAGGAAUCAGAGGUAGCAUAUAAUUAGUAUGAGCUUCUGUGUUUCUAUGAACACCACCAAGACCCUUCCAGGAAUUUAACCUCAGAUUACAGAACACAAACUCACACCUCACAUUUAAAAACACACAUUGUGUACAGACACAUCUAUUUGCUCUUCUUGCCCUUGCCCUACAUCUCUUUUUGGUCAGCUCUGGUUUGCUUUAGAGGGUUUAAAGCAGCUGUUGCCGAGAGGAGCAGGAGCAGGAGGAGGAGGAGGAGGAGUGGAAAAGGAAGAUGGGGAGGGGUGAAGCUGACAGAGAUCUGUGGCAGUAGGCGAGUCACAGCGCUGUGCCUAUCACUGCCUAACCCUGAUUCAUCAUGACAGAGACAGAGAGAGAUUGAACGAAGUGCAGAGUUAAAGGAGAACACAAAGGAGGGAGCAGAGGAAGAGGAGCCAAUAGACACUUUAUUUUUCACCACGACACACUGUGAGCAUGGCAGUUGGAGAUGAUGGCGAUGGUAAGUGUGUGAGUGUGUGUGUGUGUGUGUGUGUGUGUGUGUGUGUGUGUGUGUGUGUGUGUUUAAUCUUAUCUGGCGACGGAUGCUGGCACUCAGACAAAGGCUUGUCAGCAUAUGGUUUUAGAUUGAAAUCAGCUUAAACUCCACGUACUUUCACCCUGGGUGCUCCGGCUCAGAUUGAGGCUACAUCUGCAGAGUGAAGGAAAACUGGGGUGUCCUAAUGUGUCUCCAGCACUUGGUGUUGUGAAGAAACGCUGCCCUGAUUUUGGUUCUUAUCGAAAUUUCAUACAAGCGGAGAAGAGGACGAGAAGAGAUGGUUGUUCGUAUUACUUGCAGCAGGAGUUCCUACUCAAACUCAAGAUACCGGCUGAGUAUGACAUUUGUUUUUCUAAGCUAACCAAAAACAUGAAGAUAUGUAGAUGAGAUGCUUGCAGAACUGUCAUUAGUUCUUGUUUAAUGUUGCAGGAAAUGUUCUGGUUCCUGCUUUUCUCAGACACUUUGUUGCUUCUUUCUGUAAUCACUCUUGGCGCAGUAGUAUGGGAUCAAAAGUACUUCUUCCUGCGUCAGUUAUCCUCCUUUAUUUGUUGCUUCGUAUCUUGACGUUUUAGACAAGAAACAAGCGAGUCGACGGGAAUGCACCGAAUCAGCCAAUUCCAGAAAGUUGAAUUCUGACUCGCUGUAUUGUUACGCAGUAAGAAACUCGGGAAGAGGUCGAACUCGAGCCCAAUUUAUCCAACACGGCUAAUCAUGAGAUAGGAUCACACUCGCAUUGUCAAAUUGGUUUUCUUCAUUGUGGCUUUCCUUAGCUUAAGUCUUUAGCCAUUUAUCUGGUCGAGUGGUAGAUUAAACAGAAACAACCUACAUACAACUUUAACUGCAUUCUUUAAUCAAACCUGUGAGUCGUUGGAAACCUUGUCUGUCAUCUGUGUUUGUUUACAUCCAGAUUGUAGAGUAUAACAGCAAAACAAGGGGUCAUUUAUGGAGCUACAGCUCUGGCUACACAGCAUAUGCCUGACAUUUUAGGCCUGCGAUAAUAGAGUAAAGAAUACUAACUGAUUUGUAAUUCCGGUGAUUAUGAAGGUGUUUCAUUGUUUAGUCGACCAAAUUUGCACAUCCCUCUUUUCAUGUUUCCUCCUUGAGGCUGUUUUCAAAACCUCCUCUCUGAAAAUCUUACCCUGCAAAUCAAUGCUUUUAAGUACAGAAGGGGUUUGUAAAUGCAGGCACCUAGUAAAAGUUUUAAUAUAACACAGGGGUAUUUCAGUACAUCAGGAUUUGCUGCACUUUUGUAAGAUGGUCAUACUUUAGUAAACAAACCCUCCCAUGUUAAUAAAUUAGAGCAGGGUGUGUUUGAACUCCUUCUUCAGGUUGAUUUGAUGUCUGACAUGUGCGAUUGAUCGGGUUGUUCAUCGCUUUUUGCUCUGCAGAUUUAAGAGCGCUUGUCUAAGAGAUUCAGCCAAUCAGAAUUAAGUAUAUAACACAAUUAGGUAAUCACUAAGAAAGCUGAGUCAUAUCACGAUUUAACUGAAAACAUAGACGAAGAAUAUUAUUUCAGGUGUUUGUGUGAGAACAAGUAAAGCAUGUCAGCGCCACCGGCUUCCUGCUCAGGUCUUACUUAAUGUUAUUCCCUGUGGUCUGAAAAUGCAUUUGAGAGAAUACAGAUACACACACACACACACACACACACACACACACACACACACCGUAGAAACCCAGAGACAUUCAGUGCCCUGCAAACUGACCGUCAGUGGCAGUUUUCAUUGCUUGCGUAGUUCUUGACAGUGUUGACAGGGACUGACACACACAGAUAAAUAUGUACACACACACACACACAUUCUCUCUCUCUCUCUCACUCUCUCUAUCUCUCUCGCAGACAUGCUCAUUCUGCUUCAGUGCAUCUCCUGCUCUGCUAAAGGAAACCAUGACCCCGUUUCCAGGCUAGGCUGGUUGCCAUGGCAAAGCUUUCCCCUGAAUAUUAUGGUUUAUCUCUCUCUCGCUCUGACUUGGAAAGGAGCCUUGAAUUAUACUGAUGUGUGUCUGUGAGUGUGUGUGUUUCCUUUAAGGAGCUGGGUUUCUCUGAGCAGGGAUGGAAAUGGAGCAGUCUGUCUCUUAUUAGAGAAUCUCAGUCUAAACCACACAUUUGUCUCCCAUCUAUCCAACUCUCCUCUCUUCUUUUUUCUCUGUCUCAGACACAGCAAAGACAUGAUCAUCUACUUAUUGAUGAGAAAGCUUAUAUUGUAUAAAAAUUACCUUAUUUAAAAGAAGUAGCUGAAACUAUUUUGCUCCACGUCUGCAAACUCAAGUUGGACUCUGCAGGAUCAGCUGUGUGUCUCCUCUUGACACGUACCUUUUGUACUGAACUUUAGAGACACUGUGAUCCUGAGAGCGUUUGAACUCUUUUCCCAGUAUUUGCACAGCUUAAGUUCUUCUGUCAUUCUCACAUGUGAGCUGUGUUCAGUGUCAGAUGUUUUCCAUGUUUACAUGAGACUCUGCACACAGUCACAUGAGCCCUGAGUGGGAAUAUGUGACAUUGCCUGUUCCCGUACAGAUUACAGCAGAUCAUCUCAAAUACUGGCUGUCUGUGCAGUAAGUCUUGAUUCCUCUGAAGAUAUCUUGUGGUGCCGUGACUUGCAUGUUGAGAUUUUCAGCUGUCUCGACUUUUCACCCCUUUUUUUUUUUUUUAAUGAGGCUUCGGUUGAGUGAUGUGACGAUGUGGCAUGCGGUGAAAACUUUAAGAACCAAUGCACUGUUCGGGCCUAAAAGGGACGUUUGCAUGGAUGUUGCUCGUUGAAAUAACUUAUGCACUCUGUUAGAGGUUAAAGCACCAAUUACAGGUUAAUUUGUCUGUUUUAAUUUGAGGAGAAUCUGAGGAAUAGGUUUAAAAUCAGCCAUGAAAAAGUGUUUGGUCCCUUUUUGAUAUCAGAAACCUCUAGUUUGAUCUUUUUUCUGGUCUGUUUUUAGUGCAGUCUUACUGUUUUUGUUAAGUUCUAUGGCAAACCACAUUUUAACGCAUCUUUAUACCAAAAUAUUCAGAUUCUAUAAAGUGAAUUAUGUGUUUUGAAUAAAUUUUAAGGCCAGGUGUUUCCUGUCUCACUCGUACCAAACUCCCACUCAAGUGUUUGUGUUUAAAAAAAAAAAAACACAAAAAAAUAUAGUUGCUCAUUGCACCUUCUGUCUGUCAGCUUUUGGAUGCCACUGUGUCUGUUUUUCCACGUUUGAACUGCUGAAACUGUCCUUUGGGAACAGAUCCAGUGCUGCCAUCAUGUGGACACAGCUGAAUUUCUCUUUGCGUGUGAGUGUGUGUGUGUUUGUGUUCACAGAUUUAAUCACUAAAGUACUUCUGCCAGACUGUAUGACCUUGUAUCGAGAUUAUUAUUUUGAUUUUAGGCUGGGAAAUGCUUUGGGAUUAUUCCCACACGGAUUAGGGAUUGACCCACUGAGUCACUGCUGCGUGCUUUUGCAGAUGUUUUUUAAACAUGUCGUAUUUUGACCUCUGACUCAUUAUUUCUGGACAACUGAGCAGAUCUAUAUGUGUAAGCCAGCCGUCUUGUCCUGUUUUUUUUUUUUUUAAGCCUUUUUCUGAAAUGGAGAGAGGAGGGAAUCUCGGCCUGGAGUUUCCAUGGCGACACUGCCUGGUGCACGGUGGAGCUGCUUUCUCUUACAGUGUGAUUGUGCGUCUGUUUCUGUGUUUGUGUGGGUAUAGACUUGUUAUAUAUGCAUGAGGUACCAUAUUAUUUGGCACUGUGUCGUGUUCAUGAAGGCGCUGCAUUAAAAUGAAUUCUUAUCAAUAAAAUGAACAGAAUGAAGUCGGUGAGAAAACAGGAAAUCAGACUGUAGGUUCAGCUAAAUUGGAUAUCAGUGUGUGUGCGAGUGAACUCACUGACCAUCUUUCCUCUUUUCUGUUUGUUGCUCUAUUCAUUUGAGAAGCUGGCCUGCACAGGUCGCUAUGGCAACAGCAUGAGCGCAGUCUGCUCUCUAUCCCUCUCUCUUCCUCUCUCUCUCUCUCGCUCUGGUCUCUUUGCUCUGCCCUUCACCCACAGACAUUAACUCCCAUGGGGUCUGACUAGACAAAAGCAGGGGAUGCAAAUAAUGCUAACAGUGAUGCUAAUCAAUGCCAGGACCCUCGAUGCGUGACUGAGUGCUGCUAAUUGGCUCAUGGGUUUUGUUAGAGAGCAAUUAAAUUGCACUAAACUGUUGUCUGAUGUUGUGAAUUUAUCUGGUUCUGGAGGUUUCUCUGGACUUGAAUUUGUUUGCAUUUGUUUUUUUGUUUUUUCCUGUUUUUGUGCGUGAGAAACUGAUUUUUGAAGGCGAUUUUGUGGAGAAUGGAUCCUGUUUUCUCUAAUGAGCCAGGUGUUUGAAUUUGUUGUGAAAAUGUGCUUUAACUUAUAAUCAGAAACAAAUGUGUCAUUUCAUCUGACUGGAAGGAAAAAAGUUCACAAAAACCUCAAGAGAGUCAAACAAAAGUAGAACCCAAAAGAGGGAAAAAGAGGGACACUGAUUUUCUGAGUAUUUUUUUUCUUCUGUUUUUUUACUAAUGUUUUUUCCCCCUCUUUCUGUUUUUCAGACAAAGUUAUAUUCUGUUCUUCGUUCCUUUUUUUUUUUUUUUCGUCUUUCUGUUUUUUGGACUAACUUUUUUUCUUCAGUUUUUCUGACUAUUUUUUUUCUCCUGUUUUAUUGAACUGGUAUGUUUUCCCCUCUAUUUUUCUUACAUUGUUUUUUCGUCUUUCUGUUUUUUUCCUGACUGAGCAGGAUACUUCAAAAUCCUGCAAGAAUCUUGUACAAUCAGAUACCGUUGACCACCACGGCUGCUCCAAACCAGUGGAUUCUCCAGCUCCUCGUUAACUUUGACUACAGGGUCAAUGAGAGUAAAGCAUGUUGUUAGUUAAACAUAGGGUAUGCAAAUACUGAGGUGCCUGCACAAAGUAGACAAACUAAUGACGAUUCCAUCUAUCUGACUUAAAGAAAAGAGUAUCUCCCAGUGUCUCAAACCCAAAAGAAAGUAAAACUUGAUUAAACUCAACAAGUGGGCCGUGUUUGCUUCCAAUAAAUCAAGCAGAAUGUCAUUCCAGCUCUACUUUCUGAGUAUAAAUGACCAACAGCAGUAAAAGACAUGAGCAAAUGUUUGCACUGUCAAUCACAUGUAGGUCUCAUGAUUUCCAACAAGGAUGCACAGAAGUUUACUUGAUCUUUCAAGCAGUGAUCUCAUCUUAGAGAAUAAUGAAUUAGACUCUGACAACAGAACACAAAUCAAAAAUCUCAAUGCUCAGGAUGGUUAUAUAGACAUGUGAUAUUUGAUUGUUGUAAUUUUUGAUUGAUUCAACGUAGAGAACCCCAAAUUGGACCUUUUACUCUCAUACGUAUUCUCAUAGUCUGUUUAUUUUAGACAGUAGUCAGUAAUGUAUCAGCUGUCUGUUAACAACACUUUAAAUUCUACUGUACACUUAUGUUUAGGAUGUGUUUCACACAUACUGACUGACACUCAGAGGCUGUUACUGUGUAUGUAACACACGUCAUUUUUAAGCCAAUAACUACAUGCACAAAGAUUUCCAUACAGACAAUGAACUUUUUAAGCUUUUAUUUGCUUUUCCUGGUACAAUGAUGACAGGAUUGUGCAUUUCUAUAUAUGUUCAUUUCCAUACAGGGCCUGAAUUUUGGCACGGGAAAAUGUUGAAUUCCCAAAGGUCUGAAGGAAAUAAUAAACCUGGUCAAAGCCGAAAGUUGUGUCCUGUGACUAUACAGUAUGUUGACAGUGUGCUUUGCUAUACAGUGGGAGUGGGAGGGUCAUGGCCUCAGAUGGAGGGGUGUGGUCUUGAGUCUCUCUCCCCCUUCACCCCCCCGUCCCCUGAUCACUCCAUCAUCCUUUGUUCCUCUGUGCAUCUGGAGAGAAAGCGAUGGAGACAGUUAUGACAUUUAUUGUCGCACAGGUGAAUGAAGGUUGCAGACAAUUAUGAGUGUGUAUGUGUGUGUAUGUGUGUGUGAGGGGAUGAAGCAUGUGCUGUCAGUGAUAAUGAGUCCAGGUUAUCUGCUCUUGCACAGAGACGCUCCAGCCUGUUAAUAUUCUUGGGGUGUUUCUGGAUGUGUGUGUGUGUGUGUGUGUGUGUGUGUCUCCUUUUUCUCUCCCAUCACACACACAUUCAUAGUCCUGCCUCCGCACUGGCUGCAACACUAUGAUGUCACCUCUGUUUGGAUUGGCUGUGAGGCUGCUGAGGGAAGGAGGAGGAGAGAUGCUCAGAGAGAGAGAGAGGGAGGGAGAGGGAGGGAGCGGGAGAGAGGGAGAAGAGAGAGAGAGAGUGUGAAAGAAAAUGCCGGCACUUGUAUGGGUGGAGGGGUGUUUGGACAGCGAUGUGAGGUGUCUGUGAGAGUGUGUAGACUCGAUGUGAAGUGUGUGUGUGUGUAUGUAUGUUUGUUGGGGUACGGCUUAGAUAAGAGGGGGGGACCCCAAUACCACGCCCUCCCUGAAGUAUGAGGCGUCUUAUCUGCCAGCGGAUCUGUGACUGUGAGUGCAGGGAUGGGUCUGGGUGUGUUAGUGUAUAUAUAUGUACUUGUGUGUGCUCACCACUCUGUGUGUUUGUGUGUGUGUAGUUCAUAAUGUUCAUCAUGUCUACUUUUGUCCAUGCACAGUUAGCGAUCACUGAGGUGGAAACAAUAGGUUGUGCAGCCUCCGUUAGCCUUUAGCUGGUGUUUGCAGCUGCAUGCUUGUCAAUAGCUGCUGCUGCUGCUGCUUGUUGACUGUGUGGAGGUAAGUUGAUGUAUGAGUCAAGGUGUUGGGUGGUGGCUUUGGCGCAUUUCUCCAUGGCUGGUUGUCAGAGCGACCGGAGUGCGGCUGCAUUCCUUUGCCAACACUUUCAUCUCCACAGCUGAUCACAGUGUGUGUCUGUGUCUGUGUGUGUCCUCUCAUAUUGUAGCCCACAAGUGUCUCCACUGCUGGAUGCUGAUUUAAAAAGCUGCACCGUUGUUGCGAGUGUGUUGCAAGUUUUACAGCUAGCUCUCUGGCUAGCGUGCAGAUUGUGGAUUUGUGUUCCAGAGAGUUCUGUGGGUCUCCGGUUGAACGAGUGGGCAUCUUGAUCAUUAUUUUGUGCUUCUGGGCACUUCAUAGUGGACGUAUGUGUGUGGGUUUGCUCUUUUCUUUUUUCAGUGAUGUGUCUGUAAUUAGUAUUGAUUUAGUGAUUCCUGACCAAGCUCUCUGAAGACUACAACCUCCCUCCUUCUCAGCCGCUUAUCUUUACUUUUCUCUUUGUUUUUGUCAAACAGCCUCAAGCUUUUCAUGCUCAGUGUAUUGACUGAGUGUAUUUGGGGUUUAAAUGAUCAAUAUCUUAUAUUCAGCAAGUUUAAAAACCAGUUUGCAAUCAAGUGAUGACCUGUGAUAAGAGUUAAUCUCCCUCUCUGAUUUUGUGCCUUUUCAGUUUUACAGUUUCCCACAUAAGCUGCUGCUCUAUAGGACGAUCUUUGCACUCUGCUCAGUCAUUUUUUUUAUGAUUUAUAUUCCCAGUGUUGUGUGACAGCUUGUCAGCACUGACCAAAAUGAUGACACUGACUCUGUCUCCUCUCUCCAGACCGUAGUUUUGAUGAUGACGACAGCGUGGAUGGGAAUCGUUCUUCCUCAGCCCAGGCUGCCUUCAAAGUCCCAAAAGUUCCUAAGAAGCCCGCAGAGUCCUCAGCUGCACGCAGGCCCAGUGCUACAGGGGGCAAGCUAGGUAAGAAACCUGUUUAUUCACACAUUUCUCCUCUAAAUCCAGAUUGAGAAAUAUUUUUACUCUCGACAAGCUCGACUCUUUCCAUGCAGGAGUAGCAAUGAUGUUCAUGUAGUCAGAGUUUGACUCUGUUUCUAUUUGUUUGUUAGAUUUUCUUCAAAACAGGCUGUUUGAUUCUCUAAUACUUCAAUGCCUUUAAUCACCAAGAAAGCUUUUGUUUUCUUCUUUUUGUGGAUCAGCCAACCACAGCUUUAGAAGGAAUACCAGCAACAUAGUCUAGCAUGCAUCUUCCUCCUCACUGAAGGUUUUCCUGAAGUUUUUCAGCAAAGUCAGGAGCUCUCUGAGAGGAGGCUGUGUAUGUUUGUGAACACAGGCUCAAAUUAAAGUCACAUUUUUGAAGGAAGGAUAUAAAAGGGAGAGACUAUGAGGGAAAAAGCAGGAAGAAGACACUGCACUGUGAAGUCAUUUUUUAGAAAUCUGAUACAGUCUCAUAUUCUUAUCACUAGCCUCACAUCUGUUGUUGUAUACUCCUCUCUUCCUCCUGCUGGAGUGUGAUGUGUGCUUCGUCUUUGCAUGUAUUGAUUUCCCUUGUCUACCUUCUCUCCCUCUCUCUCUCUCUCUCUCUCUCUAUUGGAAGAAAGCUCUGUUCUCACCACCAUACAUGCAGUCCAUUUCCUGCUGAUGUCUCUAUGUCAGCAGCAGUAGAACAUACAUACAUACAUACAUGAACACAUCCCUGAGUGGGUGGAAGUGUUUUUUAACAAGUGAACAGCAGGUCUGAGUCUUGCUACAGUCGCUCUGCCGGAUGGAAACACAAGACUGUGAUCUCUUGUCACUUGGAUCAUUACAGGCUUAUUGAUUGUGAAACGGCUGUAAAAGGCUGAAGUCAAGGGCAUGCUGGGAAUUCUUCACCCUUAGGUCUCCUCUUUAGAAACUUCAACCUGCUCUCUUGUUUCUUCAUAAAUUGUAGUUAAUCAUUUCACAAUAUGGAGAAAAGUCAAUCAGGCUUCUUUUGUGCUACAUGAGACUGUUUCUGUAACAAUGGUGCCAGUAGGAGUCCUUACUGUCUCCAUUUGCAUUAAGGCGACAGAUCGCCCACGCGCUAUGGCAACACCAGACUAUCAAGAAAUCGUUUCAUUUAGCUCAUAACCAGCAGGGAGGAAAAUGCCAUGGCAUAGCUUUAAAUGAUUUUGAUGGUAGCUGUGUCUGUGCACUUUGUUUUUAUGCUAAUGAUCCGUGUAUUUCAUGUUUAUCCUGCUUACCUGUAUUUGGAGCUGACAAAAGCUGUUCAUUUGAGCAUUUUCAAAGGAGUUUUAUUUGUCAUUCCAAAAGAAAAAGAAAAAAGAAAAAAACCUAGAACUGAAGACCCGGUAUCAGCCGUAAAACUUUAAAAAAGACCUAAAGGAAUCAAAAUAAAAUGAAAUAAACACUGACAUUUACAUUAAAAAUAUAAUAAUGAUAUUUACAGCAGCCUUAAUCUAAAUAUCAAGUAAUAUUUACGAUAAUGCUAAUCUAAAAGACAAUACACACACAAAGCAGCAGAGUAAUGGAGUGCAAACAGGCUUUUGUGUAAGACAGUCAGUCCAGUAAGGUGCAGUUUGAGUUGAGCUAAGUACACAAAAUUAUUGUGAUGACACAAAUACCGAAGUCAGCAUCAUUAGUAUUAUCAUCACACUAGUUCCGUCUCCCUCUGACGUCAUGCUACUAACCUUCCCAUCUCAUAGAGUGAGAGUGGGAAAUAAAAAUGCUGAAAGCCAAGAUUGGACAGAUCAUGAGUUACUGCCAUGUAGCUCUGCAAGGAUUACCAGAGGAAAGUCAGAUUUUUGUAAAGUUUUGAAUUAGAUUUUUAAAAAUUCAUGGUCCGAAUGUCUUAAAAAGUCUAAUUUUGCAAGAGAGAGAGAGAGAGGUCUGUGAUUUGAAUUGACACUUUGAUGAAUGUCUGCGGAGGCCCUGCACAGACAUCCUGCUGCUCUCUGAGGUUCAUGUAGUUUUUGAUCACACAUCCUUGUAACUAACAAAACUUAGAGAACACCACUGCCUCUCUCGCUCUCCUGUGCCACAAUUUCAAUAUUUUCGUCCCUUUAAAUUUCCCCUGAGCUUUUCUCUCCACCUCCCUAAACCCCCCGCUACUAGACAUGGAGGAGGUGCGGCCAACAUGGCUUCCAUCCCCCCUGAGAGUUAUGAUUGACAUGCUCAUUACUGUGAGGAAGCCUGUCAGAAACACUGGCUGCUCCUGUGCAGUUUGACUGUGUGUGUUUUGUGUUGAACUCCUGUCGUGUAAAGGCACAGCAACUUCAAUGAAUCCACUCUGCUUUUAUAUUUCAGUAUCUAAGGACAGUGCAGGGGCGAUUGAUGAAGAGGACUUCAUUAAAGCCUUCACAGAUGUCCCUACAGUCCAGGUACACCACACACACACAGACAGAGGCAUGAAUGCAGACAUUCACACAUUUUUAUCCCUUUUCAUAACCAAGCCUGACAAACUAUCAAGGUCAGAUGGUGUGAAAGACUGAGGCUUUUUCUCGUUCACAUAUCUGCUCUCUUCCCCGUCUCUGUCUAUUUGCAGAUCUACUCAUCCAGAGAUCUUGAAGACAACCUGAAUAAGAUCCGUGAGAUCUGCUCUGAUGACAAACACGACUGGGACCAGAGAGCCAUCGCUGUAAGUAAAUUCACCUUGAACACCUUUUAUUUUUUUCAUCGAUUAUGUGUCGGUGUCAAGACUUCAGUUGAAUGAUUGCUGGUGUCUUUUUUUUCCCUCACAGCUGAAGAAAAUCCGCUCUUUGCUGGUGGCCGGCGCUCCCACCUACGACUGUUUCUACCAGCACCUGAGGCUCCUGGAUGGAGCCUUCAAACUGUCGGCUAAAGAUCUUCGCUCACAAGUGGUCAGAGAGGCGUGCAUCACUGUGGCGUGAGUGUUUAUCUUAGAAACUGCAGAAAUGGAUUUAACAAAAUAACAAAAUCAGGCAGGAAAAGGAGAAUUUCAGACACACAAAGCAGUUGUUGUUGUUGUUGUUGUUGUUGUUGUUGUUAUAAUCUGGCAGGUUUAGGACAUCCCUAUAUUUCGUUGUUGAUAUAGCACUCAUUCCAUGGACUCCGUUUUUUGUCUGCAAACCUAAUGGGAUAUUACAGUGUAAAUUUAAGUUAUGGUCAAACACACCGCAACACCAAGUUAGACUCCCCACCUCGAGAGAUGGAUGUUGCCAACAGCUUGCUUCUCUAUCUAAACCAACUUAAGUAAUGACUGCACAAUAGCAAAACACAGCGGUCUACGUCUUCACACACAAACCUCGAACAAAAGCUACUCUAUAGCCACAAAUAAUGCUCAGAACAGCACCUAACUUCAUCAACAGUACAUAUAGGAUCCCAGCCAUAGUAAUAACCAUCAAAACAUCUUUUCAGCUUUGCCUGUUUCUUUAGCAAAGAGACUAAACACAACUCACCCACUCUCCUCCAGCAGCCACUUGUUUGUGGGGGAGCCCUGAUGAGUUGAUCACCGAUUAUUAUUUGUGGCUAUAGAGUGGCUUUUUGGUUGAGGUUUGUGCGUGGAGAGGUAGACUGCUGUGUAUUGCUAUUGUACGGUCGUUACUAAAGUUGGUAUAACUACAGAAGCAAGCGGUCGGCUACAUUCAUCUCUUGAGGGGGUGUCUAACUCAGUGUUAACUUAAUUUUACGCUGGAAUAUCCCUUUAUUUUUCUGACCGUUUCGAUUCUUUAUUACAUGUGUGUCAAUACCUCUAUGUUUGUUUCUGCAGACACCUCUCCACAGUGCUAGGUAAUAAAUUUGACCAUGGAGCAGAAGCCAUCGUUCCCGUCCUGUUCAACCUCAUCCCAAACUGCGCCAAAGUCAUGGCCACCUCUGGAGUGUCGGCUAUCCGGAUCAUCAUCAGGGUGCGUUCUGCAAACACACACACACACACACAUCUUACAUCCUCCUAUAGUCUUGUGGAGGUUCUCAUGAUCAGUCUUAGUUACCGCCAUCUAAUUGUUCAAUUUGAUGUUCCUCCUUGUUGACGUUCUCCCUCUCUGCUCUGCAGCACACCCACGUCCCCCGGCUCAUCCCGCUGAUAACCAGUAACUGCACAUCCAAGUCUGUGGCUGUCAGAAGGUGAGGGUGGUAUCGGCCUGCUGCAGUGUAACAAGCAGCGAACACUUCUUAGACCGCAAACUGCCAAUAAUGAUGCCACGAGGUUGUGAGUUUGUGAUCAUAACUGUGACAACAAUCUGUCCUCUGCAGGCGCUGUUAUGAUUUCUUGGACCUUCUACUACAAGAAUGGCAGACCCACUCUUUAGAGAGGUGAGCACUGAUCCCGGCAUGGUUCAGAUGACUGCAUGACUGUGCAGGAGUCACAUUAGUGUGGUUUAUAAAGGAGGGAGACGUGUUUUUAAAGCUGUUUUUCUGCCUCAUGCACCUUUUGUGUGUCCGUAUCUCUGCCCUGCAGGCACACAGCAGUACUAGUCGAGAGCAUUAAGAAGGGAAUUCGAGAUGCAGACUCUGAGGCCAGAGUGGAGGCUCGCAAGUAAGACGCAUGCAGGCUUUUCAGGAGAUUAAAUUCAAUAAAAGACAAGUGGGGUUUAAUAUCUCACCCUCUCAUCCCCCUUUUUCUUGCCUCUCUCACUCUUUCCCACCUCUCACCUCGUCUCUCUCUCUCUGUCCCUGUUUCCCUCUGUCCCACUGAUGUCUCUUUUAGGGCCUACUGGGGUCUGAGGAACCACUUCCCCGGGGAGGCCGACGCUCUCUAUAACUCCCUGGAGUCGUCGUACCAGAGGACCCUUCAGUCCUGUCUGAAGAGUUCAGGCAGCGUGGCCUCUCUUCCUCAGAGUGACCGCUCCUCAUCCUCCUCUCAAGAGAGCCUAAAGUAAAGCCCAACACUGUUCUCUUCAAAGUUCUCUUUCGACCUCGAGGAUUACUUUAAGAGGAAUUCAGAUUCCUCAUAAUAAUUCAAAAAUUAAGCGGAAAGUGCUCAAGAAAUCAACCAGGAGUUAACAUUAAAGCUCUUGAAACCCUUUAUAUUCUUAAUGAUUUGCUCACAUCCUUGUGAAGUGUGUGAUCUCUGGUUGGCUGGUCCAGAAUCUGUCAGUCAUGGAUCUGGGCCAUCUGACUGGCCAUAGUCUUGAGCUCCUGUUUGAUAUAUUGUGUGUGUUUACAGGGUUUCUGCUAGGUCUUAAAGAGUCUUCAAAAUCCACUCAUUUGAAUUUAAGGCCUUAAAAUGUCCAAAAUUCCCUUAAAAAAUCUUGUCUUAAAUACAAAUUUGAAAGGUCUUAAAAAUGUAGUGAGCUCACUAACAAAUAAAGAAUGAUUUGAAGUUAGUUUAAAAUGUUCGGAUUUACCUUCAUGUCUUUUGUACCUUUUCACCAGCAUGGAUGUAAAAUGAAUCUUAAAUUGUUUUCAUUAUGGUCUCAAAAAAGUCUUCAAAAGUCUUAAAUUUGACUUGAUGAAACCUGCAGAAACCCUGUAUUUAGAUGAAAGAUUUCUAUCUUAGGUUUACAUUUUCCUUCAAUCUUGAGAGAUCAGUCACUGUCAGAGAAAGUCGCUCGUUCAUAAAUAUUUAAUAAACUAGCUUGAUGCUUGAUUAGCACAUUUGCUUGUAAUGAGCCCUUUCAUUUGAGGCUGAGCCUAAUGUUUGUAAAGCUGUGCGUAUCUUUGUAAAAAGCCGUCACUCCACUUCACAGCAGUAUUUCUCAGUCAGAGUUUAUUGAGGAACAUUUGAAUACAUUUCAUCUCAGCCUCGUGUUUACACUUGUAAUUUUCUUGGCGUGUUGUUGUUCUGACCCACUUCUCCUCUUUUCCCUCAGUCGGCCUCUGACUUCUAAAUGGUCAGCAGCUCCAGGGCGAGGUGAGUCAAGCACACGCACUCAUUUUCACACACACAUAUAUAAUCUUAUGCUCACGGUCUAUUUUGAAGACACACACACAGACUCUGACACACAUCAGCUCCUACAAAUCCAUUCCCCAUCAUCCUCAUUCACAUCUGCCUGUGUCCUCUUCUGUUUGGUUUAUUUUUAUAUUACUACACACAUGAGCGCACUGAUGCGUGCGCACAUGUGUCUGGGCUGUUUGUGUAUUUCUGUACUGUAUCAGUAUUGUGUUUGUAUAGUGUGGUGCCUGCAUGUGUUUGUGAUGUAUAUAUGCCCUCAUCACCUCCCCUCCCCCCUCCUCCUCCUCCUCCUCCUCCUCCUCCCUCUGUCCCAUCAGUCUCUGCGGGCUCAAAAGGUGGGGUGUCCUCAGCCUCCUUGCAACGUUCCCGUAGCGACGUGGAUGUAAACGCGGCAGCUGUCGCUAAGCAACGGCACGUCGGACAGACCAGGGGAGCGGGUCGUCUGCCCCCUGGUUCCUACUCCUCAUUGGGUAAGGGCCCUGCCAAUCAAGUUAGAUGACAGGCAGCAUGUGAUCAGCAGGGGUGAGGUCAGACUCUCAGAUCAGCUCAGAAGUGAAUCUUUUGAAGUUGAAAGUGAAAGUCAGUCUCUGUGUAAGCUCUUGAGGAACUUACACCUACACUCACACACCCAGAGACUGGACUGGUCUUUCUCCUCUCCACUCCCGUUCUCUCUCUCUCUUCUCUGUCUCUCUCUCUCUCUCUCUCACUCUCCUCCUGCCGCCUGCUCAUUGCCUGUUAAUGUAUUUCCUGUUUCUGUGUUUAAAUGGAUAUUCUCUGUGUGCAUGAUCUGUGGAUGAAUAUCGUCCUGUCCUGUGAUUAUCCUCUCUGUGUUUCAGUAUCUGCAUGCCUCUCCGUUGAAAACAGAUGUUCUGUGAACUAAUAGACUCUGUGCUCCUCUCUUCUCUUUGUCACUUUCAUGUAUUCUUGAUUUCCUCACAUUAUGUCAUCAUUCUUUGUUUCUGACAUUUCCCCCCUUUUAUUUCCUUUUCCUUCUGUUUCUCUGAUUUACUCAUAUUUGUAUCACUCCUUUGCUUUUUGUUUCCUUUUGUUUCUUCCCUUUUAUUUCCUCCAUCACUUUCUUCCCCUCUCUCUCUCUCUCUGCUACUAAAGAUGAUGCCUCUGAUAAAACGGAUGGUAAGAUCAUCUCACUCUGCUCCACCAGCUACAGCCUACACAUGCUCCUCUAGCCUUUUUUCUUUUUGUCUUUCUCUUCUUCUCCCUCAUUUCAUCCCAGUCCAUGUCCACUCCUUUCUGUUGCAGAGUGAGGCCACAGCGCCCCCUGCUGUCAGCAUUACAUUCAACCCUCAUUUGUAUCACUAACCCACUCGGCACAUCAUAAACCAAACUAAUAACACAUCUAAGAUCAUCCUCUGCUUUUUUACUACACUCUAACCUUGUUUUCAGAGAUUCUCAGACAUCGACAGCCGCCUCAGACUGCAUCAUUUCAGCAUUUCAGACUUGAUCAGGAUAUUUAGGAUGUGUUGCUCUAGUGCUGUUCUCCAUGCAGGAGAUAAAACCUGUUGUUGACAACUUGCUCCUUCUCUGUGUGUCUGUAGGGACCAGGUCAGACAAUGGUAAGAUUGUGGUUAGAUGGUUGUGCAUGUCGGCCCGUUGUUAGAGAUGCUGUAGUCUGGAUAAAUAAAUAGAAGUACAAUAGUAAACAAGGGUCAAAUGGAGAGUGUUCCUCAUAAUAUAGCAGGAAUAAGAUUUUAAAGGUGUUAAGUUGUAAUAUUCACUUAAGUCUGAUAGGAUGAUAAAAUCAUAGUAUCAUAAGAAUAUAGUCAGAAUAUUACAGGAAAGAAGUCAGAGUGGAGAAAAAAUUGUAAAAACACAAAAAUAUAAGCCUUUAUGUGAAAUUGGUUACAUCACGAGAAUAAAGUCAUAUAUCAGAAAGAUUGUCAUGAACUCAUGAAAAAAAAAGUGAUAAAAUCGUGAAAAAUAAAGUCGUACUACAACAGAACUUAAGUUUAUAUCAAAGAGAAUAAGGUUGUAAUACAUGAGAUUAAAAGUGAAUAGUUAGGUUGUUAUAUUGAGAGAAUAAUUAAUAACUUUUAUGUAAAUAAAGUUUUAGUUUUGUAAAGGGAGAAGAAUAUGUGAAUGAAGAAGACACAAUUUUAUGAGGAUAAAGAUGUAAUAUGAGAAGUAAACAUGAAUAAUAGGGUUCAUAAUGAUUCUAUGAGAAUAAAAUCAUAAAUGUUACAGAGUUGGUUUUAAGCUAAUUGACCUUUGCAGUCCCUCUGCACAUGAUGUGAAUGAAUUUGAAUCGAGUUGUCAUGAACCAUAAUUGAAUAAUAAUAUCAUGAGCAUAAAGUUGUCACUGAGUUACUGAGCUGCAGUUGAUGUCGGAGCUCAGAAAUCAUGAGGAAGGAAUGAUCUUAAGUUGUUCCCAAAGUGUAAAACCCUCCUAUGUAUAUAUAAAACAUGGACAGUCACUGGAGUGAUGAUGAAUUUGAUAGUUUUCCCCAAUACAUGAUCCUAAAAUAGUCUGACACCUACAGCCUAGGUUUCUUCUCCUCCACCAUCGCUGCUUUAAAUUCAUGCUAACCUAGUUUUUGAACAAGACUUUGAGGACAGGAAGUUUAAAUAUUCAUAUACUACAAAGAUUUACAGUGUGAUCAUGUCCUAGGUUUGUGCUGGAGAAGUGCAGGUGAUAACUCCUCUGGUUGAACGGUUUAACAAGCUGAAAACUGAGUAGUUGACUCUCCACCAGCUGGCAUAAAUGAUCUGAUUGAAUCUGACCCAGAAAUGUGUCAGUGGUUCAUCAGGUCUAUAUUUUUCAUCAGAUCAGUGAAAAAAGAUGAGUUUCAAAACUAAAAAGGCUCCUGAUCCACUGAAAGAGCAUCUUUAUAUUUAUUUAUCUGUGUUUGCAUCCAGCUGCAUCUGAAAGCGCGUAGUUUUGGCUCUGACAACUCCCAGCAGUAGCAGCUUUUAGUAUCAGCUGUAGCGCUUCUCGGUUUCUCAGCUUCAUUCAGCUUCUGUGACCAGCUGACGGAUUCCAGCCCCCUUUUUAUUCAUGAUUUUUACCCCCACACACAAACAGGUCGUGUUCGCACCAAGCAGCCCUUAUCCACCCCCAGCGGUGUCUCCAGCCAGGUUGACUCCCGCGGACGCAGCCGCACCAAGAUGGUCUCCCAGUCACAACGUAUGUACCACACUGAACCACGAACACACACACCCACACACACACAGGUUUCCAUUAGACACAGUAUGUAAACGCACACUACAACAGAACGGUGUGUGACUAAGCCUCCAAGAGUGUCUGUUUGUCAGGCUCUUAUUUUGGAGUUUCAUUUCCUGUUGCGUCCACGGUGACGAUAAGCUCCAUGUAAAUGUUUUUGUGCCUUCAGGUUCGGACGAAUCAGAUUGCACACCAGGUAUUCUGUUUGUGUGUCAGAGUCCGAGUGUGUGUGCGUGUGUGUGUGUCUAUCCGUGUUCCACAGUGGGAAUGGUGGCCCACCUGCUAUCGCUUUCAUUCUUAUCAAGGUUUUUUUGUGGACAGACAGAUGUGUGUGUGUGUGUGUGUGUUUUCCUGUGCAUGCUGUGUCUCAUCGUCACUGAUGGGAUGGUGUGGUGAACAGUUUUCCCAUGCUGCUCUAGCCUGGCUCUGGCUGUCAUUUAAGUUAUCAAAAACUAACAAGGAAGGUAGUGAGCAAACUGCUACUGCAGCACAUGAGGCCGGUAUGUUGCUUUGUAAGAGUUUCUCCUGCUCACAGCGCUGUUACUCAGCUCAGUGCAAGCUCGCAUACCAGAUUCAAAGUGGACGGUGAUUGGACCACAGCCAGCUGCACCAAUCAGAUCUGGACUUUGAAGAGAAAUUUAAAAAAUAAAAUGACUUAUCAAGAAUUCAAAAGCCCAAAUCUGAAAAUAACAGACCAACAGAAAGAGAGGAAAUGGCAGCUGAACAGAGGCUCAGAAAAAUCUGUGUGUGUGGGUCAGAGAGUGUAUGUGUGUGUGUGGUGUGUGUGUGUGUGAGUGGAUAUUUUUAAACAUAUUUACUUUGAGGUUUUUUUUCCCUCAUUGUGAAACAGGCUUUGCUUCAUAUGUGUGCCAGCCUUUCCCAACAUGCACUGCUUCUCCCAGGCUCUCAUCUGCAGCUGGUUCAGUGUGUGUGUGUGUUUUGUUGUUUUUUUUCUGUUUCCUCUCUGAUAAAUGGAUUUCUGUUGAAAACCUGCUUCAGCUUGGCCUUCAUUCUUGGUAUUGAACAGCAGGAUUGCGCUGCCAUUAAACUCUGUGUCCUAACUCCUCCCAUGGCGUUUGUAUAUUGAGUUAUUUCUUUUGCGCUAACACCCAUGAUUCUCCUGGUUUAAUCUGCUGUUCCUUACCCCCUCGCCUCUGCUUCCCCCCUCUUCUCAACCAAUGGGCUUAAUGGCUCAGGAUCUCAGUCUGCUACCCCUGUUGGUGGUAAGAGUACAACGCUACUUCUUUUUACCCGCUCUUUGUAUCUUUAACGCCUCUCCUCUGUUGCUUUGACUCCCCCCUCCCUUCACGCGCACCUAGAAAGGUCACUCAAGGCUCCUUCCACUUUGGCUGAGGCAUGCUGGGACUUGUAGUCACUAGACUGUUAACAUGGCUGUCCUAUGAUCAUGCUAAACACACAGCAUUGGGAGUCUUGUGUUCCUGCACUGUUUUGUGUGUCAGAAUGAAGCCUCAAAACUGUGACAAUUUGGUGUAAUGGCACUUUCUGCAUAGGUCGCUAUCUUCUAAAUGGGGUUGGAGACAUUUCAGUCUCGUCUUUUCUGAUUCUGCUUUACAAUUCUUAAUGAUUCUUGAUCUCAAUUCUAGUAUUUUUUUAUUUUAUUUUAUGAACUACAAAGUAGGGAUGGGCGAUCUGGGCUUAAAAAUUUAUCACAAUAAGAUUUGCCAUUUUGGUGAUAACAAUAAAAGUCCCAAUAAAAAAUAUUAUCCAACAUUUUCAACAUUUGUUGUAAACUGUUGUUACCCAGAGUGAACAGCAGUAGAUCUACUGUCCGAUGUCAGGCAUACCUGAUUGCACUCAUCUAAACCCCAAUCUGUAAGGAAGUCCCUCAUGUGAAGCCUCGUUCAGUAACCAUGUUAUUCUGAUCUUUGUGGGCUAUGGCUGCGAGUCCAUCACUCGCGUUUACGUCAUCAACUUGCAUUUAUCGUAUUUGUCAUGAGAUUGCAAAUAUUUAUCAUGGAGGAUUUUUCUAAUGAUAUAAACGAUAAUUUAUCGCCCAUCCCUACUACAAAGUUUAGAAGUAGUCCAUUUAAUUGGAUCACGUAGCUUCCGAGGUGCACAGAGGGUUAGUAGAGGUUUAGAAUUUUCUUUACUUGAUAAAUAAUGAGAGUUUUAAUCAGUGACCACCAGCGGGACAUUUGUGAAGUUAUACGUGGCGACAAAACAUGCUCUAAAACACAGAAAAAAUCCCUGCACAGCCUUUUUUCCUUCACAUAUAGACACGUUUAGUCAUCUCUGUGUUCCUGUUACAGUUUUAGAAAUAGACUUCUAUGUGCUGAGUUUGUGUGUCUCUUGAAGAAGUGUGUGUUGGUAAGUGAGGUGGAGUGAAAGAGUGUGUGACCAGUGUGGUGUGAUGAGCCCUUUGGUUUGUCCCCUCUGUUGUCUGUUUCCAUAUUUCACAUUCAGCACCACAGACCAGCAGCCUCUCCUGUACCGUUUCAAUUCAGAUUAACACCCCCGACAGUCGAACCAGACAGAUUGAGACUCAUUAUGGGCUGUGCAUUUGGAGACAGGAUACAUUGGGAGGUCUUCAGCAUUUGUCAUCAUGAUGCGAAAACAUCACUCUAAUGUAUUUAACUUGUCGUAUUUCUUAAUGGAAAAGAUUUUGUGCAAAUUCCUGUCAACUCUUCGAACCUGAACUCAUUUGACUUGGAUGUGGUUUUCAUCUCCCAGCCCUGAAAUCCUCUUUCCAAUAUCAUCCAAACCUGCAGAGUUUGCUGUGAAGUUUUGUCCCUUUUGAAUAAAAAGUGUAUGUUAGAGUCAUUACUCAAACUGCUUGGACAUUAGGACAGUAAGUCUUCUUUUGUGUGAUAUGCUUUUCUACAAAACUAGGAACCAUCUCUUCUCCACAUCAGAGCCAGACUAGUUAAGUUCUGUGGCUUUUCACUUUUUAAUGCCACUGAUUUAUUCUGACUUAAUUCUCUCUCUCUCUCUCUUUGUAUUCUAUCCUCUUUUUCUUCCUCUCUGAAGCUGGCAGUCGGAGUGGUUCACCGGGUCGCGUGCUGACAAGUACGGCCCUGAGCACCAUGAGCACAGGGGCCCACCGGGUGCUGGCAGGAGCCGGAGGAGAUGGACACAGACGGAGCCGCAUCCCCCGCAGUCAGGGCUGCUCCAGAGACUCUUCACCCACUCGUCUGUCUGUUGGUGAGUUAAGGGUUACUGUAUCCUGCACAUAUUUCAGCUCCUAACUCUGGAUUUGGGUUUGGUUGAAGUUCAGGUGUCUUUUAAAACUACUGCAUUAAAGUUCAUCUGUGGCUUCAAGUUAGAUAUGAUUGUAGAGUUGAUGCAAAACCAGAAUUUUGAAUUUCAUUAAGUAAAAAUCUGUUAAUAUCUACGCCUGUUUUAAUACCACAGCAACAAUAUUGACCUUCUGGGCCCCCGAAAUGGUUAAUUUUGUUCAUUUUGAUUUUCAACUUGCACACGAUUGUGGCCAAGAAAUAAAUGAUGAGCACAAACCAACGUUUCACAUAGUUAAUAGUCAGAAAAGGCUCAAUAGAUGCGACAAAAUGCGUGGCAUAAAUCAAAUAUUCCCUCACAAAUAUGAGUCAUUGUCCAGGGGAGCUGUGAGGUUAUGUUGCUCCAUGUCUAAAGUCCACUGUUUUACAGGGUGGGACUAAUAGAAAACUCACUGAGACUAGGGACUAAUAUAAAGAUUAGAUGCUAUUGCUGUGUCUCUCCUCUGCUCUCUGGUCUGUUUGUAACAGACACAACAGAACAUGUGUGUCUUUAGAGAUGCUAAAAGUUUAAGCAUCAGUAUUUGCUGAGCUGAGAACAAGGAGACUAAGCUGUUUGGUGACUGUCAGUGAGAGCAGGCAGAAGGAUUCACAGUUUAAGCUGCAAACAAACCAGAUCCAGCACAUCCCUGAAUGUUCUUGCAGAGGAUGUAGCUAUGUUUGAAAAGUUUGAAAAACCAAACUGCUGUAAAACAGUCGGAAAGUAGCUUCCCAUUUUGUGUCGCUAGUAUCACCUUGAAUCUCAAUUUUCUCCCUCUUUCUCUCUUCACCUGUUCCUCCUUCUUUUUCUGCCUCUGCUGCUUCUGUCUGCAGCUCCUUCCAGCAUUAGCUCCAUCUACAAUGGAGCGAGCAGAGGAGGUAAGGCGCCGAUCUCGACUGGAUCAUCCUGACUCUUCCCUCUCUGCCUCAGUCUUUCUGUUCUCAUCUUGAUCGUAUAAUCACCUCUCCUUCUUUCCUUCCAUGACUACAAAUCUCUGCCUCUUCUAACCCUUCGAUCAAGCUGUAGCUCCCAGAGCCACCUCUCUAACCCUUCUCUAAUUUCAUGGCUGUUUUUUAUUUCUCAUGGUGGUUGUUUCCCCUGAUCCUGGUGCAUUAUAGCCACACACCCCCACCCACUCUGAACUAACUUGUUGUCAGUGGCUGGUGAACUCCUCUUAGGGUCAGCAAAGCUUUCUCAGUAAUGUGUUAGGCUGUGAUUAACCCUGAUUGGCUGGGUGUAGCUGCUGAGGCUGAUAAACAGUCUGAUUUAUUGUGAUGCUGCUGGAAAUAAUCGCAGGUCCUCCCGUCACUCACCCCCCCCCUCACCUCUCUCUGGCUCAAAUUCAUCUCCGAUCACUUCUUUCCUUUUCUUUCCUUUUCUCCGUGACUGUGUUUGAGCUUGUGGAUGAUCGCCUGAUUUUUAUUGUGAUUGUGGGACUUUUUUUUUCUUCAUCUAACCAUGAGCUCUGCUGUCCUGUGCAUAGUCAUGGGGGGUUCUUCUUAUUGUGGAUGAAAAAUUAAGACAUAGCUGCAACAGUUUGGCAAACACAGUAAUCUUUAGAAUUCUUCUUUCUAAAAGUAAAUGUAUCCUUAAUUCAUCAUUAGGGAUUUUGAAUAUUCUGACAGUAAGUUGAUCUGCCCUUAACUGUCAGUCUAAAGUAAAAGUAAGUCUAAAGUCUAAAGUAGAAGUAAAGAUUGUUAAAGCCCUCCUUGCUGUUAUGUGAUCCAGUGUUUCCUCCAGGUUGAGAAUUUACUUGUGGUGGUGGGCCGGGCAGUGCAGAGUGGCACCGUGGUGUUUUAUAAUCGCAUUCAGAAUAACUAAUAGGUUUUAUGAACUAUGCGUUAAUUAUUGUACAUACAGGGCUCCAGACUAACUUGUUUUGCAAAGGGAACAGUAACCCCGAACUAAAAAUUUUAAGGGCGCAAGCAGAAAAUUUAGGGGUGCUCACUAAACUUGACAUGCAAGGCAAAUAAUUCACAUUUCCUCUCAUUUUCACUGUAUUACUGAUAAAUAGAUAAUACACACAGAAAUUACAAUGUGCUGUUUUAAAUUCAGUGUCACAUUGUGUUGUGCAGUUUUUAUCACACAUGGCAUUUGUUUACAAUUUUAGACUGCUACAGACUCUUACUUUGUGAACCAACAACCCAAAGGAAAAAUUAGCUUUCAAUUGGCUUCAUGUCUUGAAGAAGAAAAAGUCACAGUUAGUCUGUGAGACAAAACCAGUGGUACAAUAACAAAAACUGUAAAAGGAAGAAAACGGUAUAUAAUAAACAAUGGGUUAGUAAACCCGCAGCGCAACAGUUUGGGUGCGCUUUCGUAUAUCCACGAGCGUGUUCUGCACUGCACCACAUUUGUCUGGAGGAAACCCUGUUGUCUGUGUGUCUGUAUGACAGCGUGCUCUUUUUGUUUUGUUUUGUGUGGGUGUCAAUCUUCGUGGGUGGGCCACCUAAGUAAAGUCCAUGUAGGGGAAACACUGUGAUCUCCUGAUCCUCUAUCACUGACCAUUGUAAUAAACCAUUGCAAUUCCAAUGGUUUAGUUCAUUAGUGCAUCAGGCGGUCUAAAUAGUUUGCUGUUUGAUCUAGCAGAAGCCACUCUCAUCGUUACCCGACUAUUGCAUGACACUCUCAACCUAAAUGAAGAUUUUCCGCCAAUUGGGGGACGUGUGCUGCAAUCGAAGUCGUCCUGAGCAGAUAGUCAGAACACCUAAAUAUCUAGGAAGUGCCUCGUAGAAGUAUUUUGGUUUUGCACCACAGACAGCAAGAUAAAAAGCAAAGGUACGUCUGAUUGUUGUCUUUGUACAAAGCAGCUACUUUACACUCCAAUGACAACAAAUCUGCGAGCUCACCUGUGAGACAGCAGACCAGGCACAUUGCAGCUUAUUGUGCAGGUAAUAUUUCAAGGAGAGACGCUUUUGAGGAGGUCAGUGGAAACAGGCCCUUUAAAAUCAACAGCCAGUGUAAAAGAUGAUUCAAAUGAUCUGUAGCCCUAAUUAAGACGGCUGUUUUGCAGCUCAUUCGUUGGACUCCUCGUCCAUGAAGUGUCUUUAUCCCUUGAGAUGCUCCUCCAGGACUGGCACACCUGAGCUCAUGUUCUCUUAUCUUUGUCAGUUUGUCACUUUUACCUGUUUUGUCUUUAUUUGUGUUUUUAUUCUUGUACCCUCCUCUCCUCUUUUCUUUGUCACUGCUCAUGUUUGUCUUUCUUCUUUGUCUUCGUGCCCUUAUUACCACUUUACUUUCCCUCUCUUCUCCUCCACCCCCUGCCCCUGUCUGCCCCAAAAUCCUCCCCUCCCCUCCCCUCUCCUUUGGGUGGCGUUAGCUCGGGGUAGUCGUAUCCCUCGGCCCAGUAUGAGUCAGGGCUGCAGCAGAGAGGCCAGCAGGGAGAGCAGCCGGGACACCAGCCCCGUACGCUCCUUCACGCCCCUGGGUGAGUAGCAGUAGCGGAGAGAUGAGCAGGAGGGAAGAAAGUAAGACUUCCAAGAGAUGUUUGUUUUCUGCACGAAGCAAAACCAAAGAGAAUCUGAACUUUUUGAAAACUUACCGGCCAUCAGUCAAAGAAAAAACUUUCUCUCGCAUGUUGUCAGCCUUUCUACUGUCUAAACUCUGCACGUUCAGGUUUUUUAGCGGGUUGUGUGUGUGUGUUAGUCUUGUGAGUGUGCGUGCGGGUGUUAAACUUUGUAUGUGUGUUUCCAAUCUUGGUUGCAGCAACACGGAGCUACUCUCGCUCCACCGGAGCUCUCCACACACCUGAUACUUUUGGGGCUGCAGGUGAAGGCUGAGUACAUCUCUGUUCUCCGUUCACCCACCCACUCUGCCUCAUUUUAUUUGCUUCCUGUUCUCGUUUUGUUCUCUUUGGCGCCGAGCAUCUCCUUAUUUGACUUGUCUGCGUUUUUGUUUCUCGUCCAUCAGCCUCUUGCGUUUCUUUCUUUCCAUUCUGCUCCAGGAUCUUCUCGUGGAAUCGCAUGUUUCCGACUGUUCUGUUGCCACUUGACGGCCAUGUGACAGUUUUACCCAUUUUUAUUCUUGAUUUAGCUCCGCCCCUUCUUUGCAAGGACUCCAACAUGUUUCCUGUGUUUUCUUUCGUUCUUUUUCCCCCCAGUAGCACCUGCAAUGUCAUCUAACAAAGUCAUUGCAUUGACUUACAGGUUUGACUCAUGGAAAUUAUAAUACCUGUGUGUGUAUGUGUGUGUGUGUGGACUGAGUAAAGAGAGAAUAAAUGAAGAAGAGGAGGAUGUUCGGUCUUCAGCAGACACGUGAGAGGCUGAUUGAUGAGUGAAAGAGGAGGGUCUUGCUUGUUUUUUCGUUUAAAAUCCUAAGUUUUCUUUGUAUCCUCUCUCUCUUUUUCCCCUUCCGCAGGAUCAGGUUUUGGCAUCAGUCAGUCUAGUCGUCUUUCUUCCUCGGUCAGCGCCAUGAGGGUCCUCAACACAGGCUCAGACGUAGAGGAAGCUCUAGCAGAUGCACUGGUAUAAAACUGAUCACUCUACAUAAAAACUCACGUUUACAACCCUAAAAUUUUGAGUCAGCUGUCACCGUUUUGAGCUCACACCUCUUGGAGUGUGUGUGUGCGUGUAAGAGUGUGUGUGUUAACUAACCCCUGAUUCUACCUCUGUUUAAUGCUGUCAGCUGUUGGGAGACAUGCGGUCAAAGGUCAGCGUCUUCUCCUGCCUCUUACCUGUGUGUUGUGUGAUUUUCUUGGCUCGGUUUUAGCUUGAUGUGCGAGCGCAUGAUUCUUCUGCCUGUUUGAGGUUUUAGCUCGCUUUUAGUUUCAGUUUAAUUUCAUUCUCUUUUGUCCCCUCUCCGUUCUUUUCCUGCAGAAGAAGCCGGCUCGGCGGCGGUACGAAAACUACGGCAUGUACUCGGACGAUGACGCCAACAGCGAUGCUUCUAGCGCUUGUUCAGAAAGGUCCUACAGCUCUAGGAACGGAGGAGCCAUCCCUACCUACAUGAGACAGACAGAAGAUGUAGCUGAGGUUAGUAUCGACUACAUUACAGCGCACCUGCAGACAUCAGUGCACACUUAACCUCAAUUUGUGCCGCAUCCUGAACGGUGAACGGGAACGGUGGCACUGAUCGCAGCUGAUCAUUUCAAUUAAAGUUAAUGUGUCAGUUUCCACCACCUUCUUUCCAUCCAGGUUUCUAUUUUUUCCUGGAUGCCACUUCAUGCCGCAUAAAUUCAGCACAGAUUAGUCCGUGCUGGAAAGAAAGUCAGGCACAGACACAAAAUAAAACGUCUGGCUUCUUUUCAAAAUAAAACACUACAUGUUUCAGACGGAUUGAAUUUCACACCAUGCAAACAGGCGGGGACAAACAAGUCAAAGGUUUUCAGACUCCAUUUCACCUCGUUGACACCAUGGAUUACAAGAUACUGAUUCUAGAAGUCUAGAAGUGGAUUUUCUACCUUCUAACUCUGGAAGGACACAAUCUACUUCCUAUAUGGUUAUGUGGCGGUCUUUAUAGAGACAACUCGUUAUCGUGCGAUUGUGUGUGAAUUCGUGGGUUCUGAUAAGUUCUCGCGAUUCCCGCUGUCAAAAAUCCACCAUGAAAUUCCCCUCACAAAUGCAUACGGUAGAAAUUGGCAGACGGCGAAAAUCAGAGCCGUUCCGGAUGUGGUGGAAAUUGGGGGUUAGAGUUUGGGUUAUUCCCACACUGAACCAGCCAUGUAAAAGAGGCUUGAGGAAUUGUUUCCCUUCAAUCUGCUGUAAAAAAAAUAUCACACACAUUUUAAACCUUUAAGAUUCUCAGCCGACUUGUGUUUUUGUGUUCCUCUCCAGGUGCUGAAUCGGUGUGCAAGUGCAAACUGGUCGGAGAGAAAGGAGGGGCUGCUCGGCCUACAGGCGCUGCUUAAGAACCAGCGCACCCUCAGGUUUGCCACAGACCUGGUCCAUGUGUGUCUAGAUUUGUCUUUUUGUUUGUAUCUAACUGUGUUUCUUUUGACCUGCAGUCGAGUAGAGCUGAAGAGGCUAUGUGAAAUCUUCACUCGGAUGUUUGCAGAUCCUCACAGUAAGGUACGAUUGCAUGCAGAUCAAGAGUCGGCACAGAGAGCAGCAACAUUCAUUCACAGUCUCAUGUCACAUAGAGUCAUUUUUCACCUACUUUGAUUUGACUUUUGUUUCACAUACCUGGUUCAUCUCACCGUCCUCCACUGUACCGGAUUCUGCCAAAGAUCUCAUGAACACACAAACAUGUUUAAGUCACAGAUAUCAGGUGGAGUCAUGAAGUAAAAACUAGAGUUCUCAGACGUGAACACACACAAUAAAUAAAUGAACACUCAGACAUCAACACAGGCAUGCAGAGUGUGUGACAAACUUUUUUUUAAUGGCAUGCUUGAGCCUGAGUUUGCGUGUGACCUCACACUCUCGUCCGCCGUCCUGCUGGAUUGCUCUGUCACUGUUCAGCAGCCAAUCGGCCGGCUGCGCUCACAGCACUCACUGCAUUCACUGCCACUCCCCCCUUUCUCCCCUCCCCUCCUGCGCUGCAGUCUAAAGCGACGUCACUGACCACACACACGCAGACGCCCUGAAACAUACACAGAGAUCAUGCGGCUGCCAGCUCCUCUCUUCUACUAACCAGCUGCGGUUGGCCCUCUCUCUAACUUUGCCACUUCUCCUACGGCGUUUUUUCUUUUUUUUUUGAGUUCCUCACACGUUAUGAGGUGUGUGAGCCCCCCUCCUCUCCUCCCCUUCCCCCUACGUUUUUGACGUGUUUGACGAUUUGAUGAAUUUCAGCGAGACUCCGGCAGGGUGUAUGGCACGGCAGAAUCCGGUAUAAGCUCGGCCUCCUUCAAGGUACCGCAUCACGCCAUGGAUUCUACCUUCAACUUCAUUUCCAACUCUUUUUCAUCCUCUUUAUUUCCCAUCCUUUCUCUCAGUUCUUAAAGUGUGCACAAAACAUUCACUUCACGUUUUUAAACGAAGGUGUUACUCUUACCUGUGUGUCUCUAUUUCCAUUUAGCAGACAUUGGAUUGAAAUUCAUGAGUGUCACUGAAUACAGGUGUUCUCUAUCAGGAUGCUAACUAAUGUUUUCUCUCUCCCCCUCAUGCGUCCCCUCUCUGGAACUCUCUAUAGAGAGUAAGUUUGGCAAAUGUGUGAUACUGUAUGAAAUGUGUUUGCAUGGAAAUCUGUUUCAUUAAUCUGAUUGGAUAACCAGUAACAAGGCCAAACAACAUAACAAUCACUCACUAACCUGCCUCACGUGAUACUGCCUGUUACUGUAAUCUUGCUGAUACUUUCAGAUGUUACCUCCUAAUUUUGGUCGGCCUCUAACCUAAAUCUGAACAUUAUUUUGAUCAGUGUGGGUGGUUUGGUUUGGUUUGGUUUGAUUGGUGUUUGGGAAUGAUGAUGUGCCUUUGCUGUAAUGAGUCAAUAACCGCUAACUCCACCAAACAGAUCAUAGGCUGUUGGAAAACAUGGAUGAAGCAGCUCCAUCUCCUCACUUUUGAGAAGCUGUUGUGCUGUCCAUCUUUUAAACAGUCUAUGACAGAAACUAAUAUCAGCAUCGUUUUUUAACAUUAGGCUAAGUGCGAGACUGCUUGUUUGCAUGCAUGUGUGCAUGAAACAUAUCAGUCCAUGAAUGACAGAGCUCUGUGCCUGUGUGUUCAGGUGUUCAGUAUGUUCCUGGAGACUCUGGUAGAUUUCAUCGUGGUCCAUAAGGAAGACCUGCAGGACUGGUUGUUCGUCCUGCUCACACAGCUGCUGAAGAAGAUGGGAGCGGACCUGCUGGGCUCCGUACAGGCCAAAGUUCAAAGAGCCCUGGAUAUCACACGGUGGGUGUGACACACAGACUGACAUCAGAGUAUAAAGGUGGAGCCAAUAUUGACAUGAAUAAGUCACACUCAGUGUUUUUCAGUCGAUUCUCUCUAUAUACCGGGGUUCGCAGAUGUAGUUAGUUGAGUAAAGAGGAGCUUAAAGGGAUAUUCUGGCAUAAAUUUAAGUAAUGGUCAAACACACCGUAACACCUAGUCAGACACCCCCUCGAGAGAUGAAUGUUGCCGACUGCUUGCUUCUCUAGUUAUAACAACUUUAGUAACGAUCACAGGAUAGCAAUACACAGUGGUCUACGUCUCCACAUGCAAACCUUGACCAAAAAAAAAACUGCUUGUUUGUUGGGGAGCCCUGACGAGUCGAUCACCGAGUGCAGCGGAGUUUCGCAGCUCAAGGAAGAACAUUUAUGAUUAUUACUUCAUGGAAAUGCAAUCAGAGUUCUUGUGUAUCUUAUAUGCACACUCCAGGUGUGGUAGUCCUUCUGCCUUAGAAUCUCUGUCUGAUUGCAUUUCCAUGAAGUAAUAAUCACAUUUUCUGCUGCACUCUGUGAUCGACUAGUCAGGGCUCCCCCACAAACAAGCGGCUGCUGGAGGAGAGUGGGUGAGUUAUGUUUGGUCUCUCUGCUACAGAAAUCAGGCAAAGUUAAAAAGUUGUUUCAUGGCUAGUACUACGGCUGGGACCCUAUAUGUACUGUUGAUGAAGUUAGGUGCUGUUCUGAGCAUUAUUUGUGGCUAUAGAGUGGCUUUUUGGUUGAGGAUUGUGCGUGGUUCCAUAGACCACUGUGUAUUGCUAUUGUGCGGUAGUUACGAAAGUUGGUAUAACUAGAGAAGCAAGCAGUUCAUCUCUCGAGGGUGUGUCUAACUCGGUGUUACGGUGUUUGUGACCCUAACUUAAUUUUACGCCGUAAUAUCCGUUUAAAGAUUCUCACCAAGGUGGAUUACUUCCCUGGCUUAGGCCCUGCUACCUUAAGACUUGCCCUGCUGUGAAAAUGCACACUAAUCAAAUCCACCAAACAGUAUGUGUUGCACUUAUUUCAUAGCAAGCCAGCUGUCCAUUUGUAUUUUUAUUUGUAUAGUUGUAUAGUUGUAUCAUAUAUGCAGUCAUGAAUCUACAGGUGAAGACAGGUAUAAGAUCAGAUUUUCUGCUUUUUCCCCACAGAGAAUCUUUCCCCAACGAUCUCCAGUUCACAAUUCUCAUGAGGUUCACAGUGGACCAGACACAGACGCCAAACCUGAAGGUAGAUCACAGUUGAUCUCAUGUUUGUGUGACUGUAAAUGUUUGUGUGUUUAUAUUUGUGGUUCUGUAUUAAAAGCUGAGCUGAUUAUGUGUGCUAAUGCCUGAGUAAUAGAAAGGGAUACAAGGAAACCUAGGCGAAAACUCAAAGACUGUGUAACCAUGGUAACUGCUGUUCUGAUAUGACCUCAUGCCUGCACAUUCUGGCACUGCCUCCCAAAACCCCUGAAUCCUGGGCUGUGAUUGGUCGGCUGGCGAUGUGGCCCCUCCGCUGGCUUUUUGCUCUGCUACAGUUUGGACACACCCCUCAAGCUUUUCCUUUCUUGACUCCUCAUCCAUCCUCCCUCUCUCUCUCUCUCUCUCUCUCUCUCUCUCUCUCUCUCUCUUUUACUAAUCCUGCAUCUCCUUCUCUCAUCUUUCACUCCUGAAUUUUCCUGACCCCUCACUGGCCUCCUCGUCCUCCCCGAAGUUUCACUUUUUUGUCCUCCUCUUCCUCUGCCUUCAAACCAGGCUUGGGCAAUUAAAGAUGUUAUCUGCAACACAAAUUCUUCCUGAAAUUCCAAAUAUAAAGUUUCUUCAGUCUUCUCCUUUCUUCAUUUUCCCUUCAUAGGACACAGCAAACAUGCAACAGCCAUCAGGUGAUGUUUCAGUUGUUGUAAAUUUGAUCACAUUGAAAGAUACAACAGAGGCUUUAACUUCUGGACCUGCUUGUUCUCUCUUAGUUCAUAUCAGGACUCAACAUUUUAGAUUAGAGAGGCACAAUCUCAAAAUCAAAUGAUAGACGAGGUCACUUUAAUGUUUAGUCUUUGCCAACAAGUGCAUCUAUCCUCAUGUUACAGAAUCCAUUCAGCCGCAAAUGCUGCAGUGCGAUGCAAGAUGAAGCCAAUACGUGGCAGUAAAAGCCAAACUGCGUGAUGCUGCGCAAGUCUUAAAUCAAAAUAAACAAGUGUGAUGCAGAAACUCUUUGCCAACAUCCACCUCUAGAGUUUAGAGUAUUUUGAAACACCAGCUGGAUAUGGACCUAAAGUUGUGGUUAUUGAGGUAACUUCAGAGGUAACUCUGGGUUUUCAGAACUGCAUUGGUGGUUUCCAGGGGAGAUCACUGUCGACCUGUUAACCUGCUCCGGGCAGGUAAUGAUCAGUCUGUAGAAAACUCCGCCCACCAGCCAAUCAGUCUGUUUGAUCCUGGAGUUCUGUGACAGAGGUGGAGAGAAUGACAGGACACGCUUACCUGUCUGAGUUCAGCUGCACACAAAAAAAACAUAAGAAUCACAGUUUUGUUGCUUUGUGUUAAUAUUUCACAGCAUGUGAAGAUGCUUUAUUCUAAUAUAAACUCAAUUCAUAAACAUUCAUUUAUCAAGCAUUCAGGUUUGCAUGAAUCCUCAUUAAUGACAUAAUAACAAGAUAUUGGUUGAUGGACUCACGGCUCUCUGCUGCCUCCAUGUGGAAGGAUGGUGUAUUACCUGAUUUCCAGAAAAAUAGAAAUAUUCCAACCCGCCCAAGCCUACUUUCUAGUCUUUUCACUCCUCUAAAACUCUCUGCUCUCCCUCCCUUCCUCCCUUCCUUCCCUCUUUCCUCCCUUCCUUCCCUCUUUCCUCCCUCCUCCUGCCUUGUUCUUCCCCUCUCUUGUCUCCCCCCUGCCUUUCCCCCCCUGUCCUCGUCUCCCUUUCUGUCUCCGUUGAUUGAUGCGGUGCUUCUCCUCUCUCUCUCUGAAGCCUGAGCGGAGCUCGUGUUGCGGGCGAGGGCGAUGCAGGGGAGGGUCCGGGGUUAAAUUGUUCCCCCCCAGAGCGCGGCGCCACGCCUGCUCUAUAGACGAGCAAGCCGCAGCCUGGAGCCAGUCCUCCCAGGUCAGUGCGCUCCGGGGGGAGCAAUUAUAUGGCGCACACAACGCUGCUAAGUGAUUUGGAGGAAGUUGUGGUCCUGGAGGUUCAUAUGUAGAGAGACGGAUUAAAAAAAACAGGGUGAGAAAUGGAAGAAAAUCAGGACAGGAGUCAGUUUGGGCAUUUUCGGAGUCUAUACAGUGAAUAUUUGCACUUCUUGUUUUGCUGUUUUCUUUUACUUUUUCAUCUUCCUUUUUUCAUUUGAGUGAUUUCCUUUCAGACGUUUUCCAGCAUGACCAUGGAUGCACUUUGAUUUGUCUCACUAAUUCAUCCGAUUGUUUCAUUUUCAGACCCGCAAGAGAUUCACAAUCUGCUGAUUGUUCAUGCUGACUGUGAACGUUGGUGGUCUUUUUUCAUCGCUGUCGUUUUAAUUUUUACUGGGUUUUUUUUGUGUGUUUUUCCAGGAGAUAAUUGGCGUUACCGUUCAUUCAUUAAUCAGCAAUCACUAAUCUUUAUUUUAAAUGUGUGUUUUUGUUUUGCAGGUGAAGGUGGCCAUUCUGAAGUACAUCGAGACACUAACGUUACAGAUGGAAGCGCCAGACUUCGUGAACUCCAGCGAGACUCGACUCGCCGUCUCUCGCAUCAUCACAUGGACGACUGAGCCCAAGAGCUCUGAUGUCAGAAAGGUGCUCGCCAGCCUGCCAUGUGUGACUGUGAAUUUCUGAAGCUGUCUUUGUUUCACUCAAACACACAAAAACGACCAAGUCUGUGGUGAUUUUAGAGAAAGUGAAUUUGUUGUUUCAGGCUGCCCAGUCGGUGUUGAUCGCUCUGUUCCAGCUCAACACUCCAGAGUUUACCAUGCUGCUGGCAGCUCUGCCCAAAACCUUCCAGGACGGGGCCACCAAGCUGCUCCAAAACCACCUGAAGAAUACCGGCAAUGUUGCACAGGUGAAACACACACACACACAGUCACACUCAAACUCUGACUUUAGAUGUUUCUACACGCUUUGUGCGCUUAAUUUUUCAACCAUUAGACAAAGAUAUUUGACUCACUUGUUUUUCAGGCACCAAUGGGAAGCCCACUGACGCGCCACACCCCUCGAUCUCCAGCCAGCUGGUCCAGCCCCGUUACCUCCCCCACCAACACUUCCCAGAACACCCCUUCACCAAGGUAACACACUCCCACACACACAUACACUCUGAAAAUCAUUGACAGACUGGUGUGAACUGAAGACAGAAUAAAGUAGAUUGCCGGGACUCCGUGUUACAUGUGGCCGGGACUGCCACGGUUGCUCUUCCUCCCUCCCUCUCGCUUUCUUUCUCUCUGUCUUGACCCCACUAAACUUAUCUUGUUUUUUCCCUGCAGGUUUUCUUUUUAACAGGCAUGUUUUAUUUUUGGUUUUUGUUGUUUUAGGUUGGACUGGAGACCUCUGGUUGUCCAGUGUUCACUCUUUUUUGAUAAAACGAGGUUCUUGUUGUUGCUAAAGGGAUAUUCCGGUGUAACAUUAAGUAAUGGUCAAAAACACACCCUUGAGAGAUGAAUGUUGCCAACUGCUUGCUUCUCUAGUUAUACCAACUUUAGUAACGACCGCACAAUAGCAAUACACAGCGGUCUACGUCUCCACUCGCAAACCUCAACCAAAAAGCCACUCUGUAGCCACAAAUAAUGCUCAGAACAGCACCUAACUUCAUCAACAGUAACUAUAGGGUCCCAGCCAUAGUACUAGCCAUCAAACAUCUUUUUAACUUUGCCUGGUUUCUUUAGCAAAAAGACCAAACACAACUCACCCACUCUCCUCCAGCAGCCGCUUGUUUGUGGAGGGAGCCCUGACGAGUCAAUCACAGAGUGCAGCAGAAAAUUUCCAUAAGUAAUAAUAAUCGUAAUAAUCAGUUUGCACUGCAGACACGGUAGUUCUUAGCAUCGCGGUCUGAUUGCAUUUCCAUGAAGUAAUAAUCAUAAAUGUUCUUCCUUGAGCUGGGAAUCUCCGCUGCACUCGGUGAUCGACUCGUCAGGGCUCCCCCCACAAACAAGCAGCUCUGGCUUAGCCUGAUCUGAGUCUAUUUUUGUCAUAUAAAAUAGUGUUCUCUGUGUAACACCUUUUGAACUGUAUGUAACAGACACAAGGUGUGAUGAAUCUUUCACCAUGAUCAUGCGUCCCUCUCUCACUUUUCUUCCCCUUUCCUUUUCUAAAUCUAAAAAUCCUGUUUUUCCUGUUUUUGGUGCAGUGCAUUUGACUACGACACGGAGAACAUGAACUCAGAGGACAUUUACAGCUCACUGAAAGGUGUCACUGAGGCCAUCCAGAACUUCAGCGUCCGCAGCCAAGAGGACAUGAACGAACCGGUCCAACGCCGCGAGGGAGAAGAGGUCAGUGCUAUUGGCUGAUGGAUGAAGUGUACAUCAUUAAGCAGGGUUCCUACACAGCUGGAAUUUCCAUACUUUUCCAUACUCUACGUUUGAGAAUUAUUUUUGGAAAUACCUACUUUUCUAUUCUAGAAAACAGUAUUUUUGAACUGUGGUAAUACACUGGAAACACAAAUAUUUUCCCAUACUUUAUUUUUCAUUUUUCGUGCUGUCUAAGACCUAGAAAUUGAUCAAAUUUCCAUACUUUCCAUACUUGCGUAGGAACCCUGAUUAAGAGUAGAGAUUCUCUUCAGUAUUCUUGUAAAGAAAAGGUUGAGAUGGAUGUUUGAAAACACAGCUGGCAAAAGUUGACAUGUCUCUAGUGCUGGACGAUAAUUCGAUAACAAUAUAUAUCGAUCGAUAGACGUGUGAAGCGAUAGAAAAAAAACGGGUCGAUAAAAAGUUCGAUAGAAAAACACAGUUUCCCUUUCUUUUUCAUCAUAGCCUAUCAUGUAGCUUUUACUACAGUCAUUACUUCCUCCCAACCAAUCACAAACGCAGACCCAGGUACGCUACGGCACCAAGCCCAGCCCCUAUCAAACCACAACAGACAGCACGUGUAUUAGAAAUAAUGUAACAGCAAGGAGAAGCGGAGGAAAUUGUCCCGAAAAAAGGUUUCAGUAGUUCACCAACAUGGCAAUGUUUUGGUUUUUAGAAGUCUGACAAAAAGCAAACAGCGGUCGUUUGCAAAAUUUGCAGAGAAUUAGUAAAAACCAAGUCCGGUAACACAACCAACUUGUUUUACCAUCUAAACCGGUCGCACCCGCAGGAGUACGAGCUGUGUCGGCCGCGCCGCGGCUCCACGUCGUCGUCGGAGGAAUCCUCUGGAACCGCUGUUAGCACCAGCACAAAGCAAGUGAAGCAGACCAAACUGGACUUCGUUUCUUGCCAAAAUACGACAAAGCGUCCAAGCGGCAUAAGGACAUCACCCAUGCAGUAACAUGCUCCAUAGCGAGGGACAUACUGCCAAUAACUACCAUUGAAAAGCCUGGCUUCGACCAGCUUCUAGCCACUCUCGACCCGCGAUAUGAAGUGCCCGGCCGCAAGUAUUUCUCAAACACAGCGCUUCAGGCAUGAAAAUGGGUCAGGGGUUGAAAAGGUGAGAAGGGUGCGGAGGAAAUACGCUCCGGUGUAGCUUCUUAAAGUGGAAGAAAAUGAGCUCAUAUUUUACAAAGACGCGAGUAUUUGGAUCAUGGCUACUAGCAGGGGGGGCAUUCGGCAGGGGUGCAUUCUACGACACAACACCGGCGUGGAUAAGUCCUGCUUCUCGUGCUUAGUUUGUUUAAUAAGUCAAUCACAUGAUAAUUAAAAAAAAUAAAUCUCCCGACCCCAGGAGAAAUAUUUCAGUGUUCAGACACCAGGCUGUGGGCAGUUUCCCACACAGUUAAAACUGGUAGUAUGCUAUUCCCACCUAAAGCUAUUCUGUUUAUUUAUAUAUUUGUUUGUUUUGUUUAUUUUCAUCAAAAGACUAUUUAAAUAUUUAUUUAUCAGAUUUUCUGGUCACUUUAGUCUUUAUGUUUGUCAGUAUUUACUGAUGUCACUCAGGCCACUUAAGUUGAUUUAUUUUUUUUUAAAGUUCUUUUUAAAAAAACCUUUCAGUUGUGGUAAAAAAAAGGUGGUUGAAUAAAGGUUUGAAUUUGAAUUCAGUGCUUGUGUGUUCUUUAUUAAAAGUAGGUCAUUAAGCAAUAGCAUAAAACAUCCAGGGCUGCAAUUAAAAUAUAUGUUAAAUAAUUAUAAUAAUUAUAUCGAUAAUUAUCGAUAUCGAUCAAUAUGAUUUAUUUUUUAUCGAUAUGCUUUUUUUCUAUAUCGUCCAGGCCUACAUGUCUCACAGCAUAAAUGUUUUCUGGAGGUGGAGAAGUGAGACACAUGCACACUGCAGACACUAAAAAGGAGUUUUUCACAUAUUUGAAUACAGCUCUACCCUUUACUUCUCCAUAUUCGACAAAGAUGGUUGAGCCUGCUCUAUUUUUUUAAAAGAAAACCAUCUACUGGACCUGCUACUCAAUCAAAAACUACAAUUUAAACAGUUCAUUACAGAUUAACCCAGACAGCGACUGUCAAAGCUCCGAUCUUACAACCUUAAGAGCAAAUAUUUCAGCAGAUAUCCUCAAAGAUACGUCGUAGGUUAUGCAGAGAAAGACUACCGGCCAACAUGUGAAAUAAUCAGAUUCAUAGCAUGCAACCCGGCCUGUAACAGGAAUGCCUGUGCAGGAGCAACAAGCUGCUGCAGUGGAAAAGUCACCCCAGCGCCCCGCUGAGCAGCGAUCCUGUUCAGUCUGGCAGCUUGUUUUCCAAGUCUCAAAUAAAGGAUUAACACACACGGACACACAAACAAACACAGCUAUCUUCAUGAAAUAUAUGUGACCCUGACAUGUGAUCCGCCCCACUGCCACCCUGCAGCGUGGGAACACUUCAAGUGUUAGGGUGAGUGAUCGCUGUAAACUUAAUCCUCUACAUCCACCUCUAAAAUCAUGUCUAUUAUCAUGAAUCAAAAAUUAGAUCACAGGAGCUUUCCCCUCUUAAUAUGUUCACACAAGCUUAUCCUGAUACUCUGCUUGUUCCAUCCAAAUUUACACCUCCAGACGUCAUUCCCGGUCCUCUUGCAGUCUUUCCUACUGGGCCCGGCCCCUUUUAAGGACACGCUGUCCUCCGGUGCAGAGGUGUGACCUCCUGACAUUUUCCCUGGGAGGUGCAUCUGAAAUCCAACCAGCCUUCGUGUCAUCAGCCUGCCAGUCACAGCACACCUGACUUACCGAAGCAGCCCUCACAUCAUGGCAUUUAACAGUUUGAGAGUAAAUGUACACAGAAACAAGAGCCGCUCAAAUCCACACACCCAACUCCUCCAGUUCUGCCCUGGUGGUUUCGUGUGUGUCAGUCUCAAUAAUGAUUAAUCACAGUGCAAGAACAGCGUGACGCCAACAAAAGGAAGUAUUACACCCACAUUUUCAUGAUUGAGUCUCUUUCUUUUGUGUCAAAUUCGCUUGUGUGAAAUACAACACAGAGUUUGAAGCUGCUUUCAUGCCUGACCUGUUGAAUGUAGGCGUUGUUUUUGUGUGCACUUUGGUUUGUUUAAAUCGUAAACAAGCCAUAAUGACUAGGGUGACCAUAUGUCCUCUUAUACCUGGACAUGUCCUUUUUUGGGGGGCUGCUCGGACUGUCCGGGGAAGUUUAUAAAAUCCUUCAAAUGUCUGGGGUUUUGCAUGGAAGUUUUGAGUUUGUGUCACGUGGACUUACUGAGUUAAAAGCGCGUAAAAGACACUCGAUCCAACCCGAAAAACUCUUCAAAUUAACGUCAUGCGACUCUGUGUCUCUACCCCAGUUUAGUCGUGUCCUCUUUCUGGGAAAUCAGAAUAUGGUCACCCUAGUGAAGACAGUCAAUAAAAGACUGUAAUAUUUAAGUUUGAUUUUCUUCAAACUGAUCCAUUGUGUCUCUGCAGGGAGACGGUGGGACCGACAGAGUAUCGGACUUUGUGGACGGGGGCCGCAUGGCUCUGGACAACAAGACUUCCCUCCUAAACACCCCUCUUCUCUCCUCGAGCCCCCGGGGAGCCCGCGAGCACUUCACCGACUCUCCCUUCAAACACAGCCGCAAAGACUCCAGUCUGGAUGACUCUGAGCAACUCGCAGAUGGUACAAAAAAGAAACAAUCAGAAAAUAAUGUCGAGCACAUGAGACUUCACUCUUUUUUUAAAGGCUUCCUCUUCCUGUUAAUUUCAACAGACAGCAGCCUCGACCAAUCAGAGCUGGUGGCAGAGCUGCUGAAAGAAUUGUCCAAUCACAACGAGCGCAUCGAGGAGAGGAAGGCAGCGCUGUGUGAACUGCUGAAGCUGAUUCGAGAAAACACCCUGCAGGUGUGGGACGAACAUUUCAAGACCAUCCUGCUGCUCCUGCUGGAGACGAUGGGAGACAGAGAGGUACCCUGAAAUAUCAUGAAAUAUCAUGAAAUGUCAUGAAAUGUCAUGAAAUAUCGCAGAGAGGAAUUCACGUCUUCUGACCCAGAGUUUUUGUGUUUCUUCUCCCAGCAUUUGAUUAGAUCGCUGGCCCUGCGGGUUUUGAGGGAGAUUCUCAGCAAGCAGCCCUGGAGGUUCAAGAACUACGCAGAGCUAACCAUCAUGAAGGCCCUGGAGGCUCACAAAGAUCCCCACAAAGAGGUACGUAAACAUAACGCUGAUCUGACACAUUUUUUUUUUUUACCUUCUGCGAGGAACUCUUGUGUUGCUCUGUUACACCCCCCUGCGGACAAAGUGAUGUCUUUCACCUUUUGUCCCACAGAUGUAGAGUUGUUUUUGUGGAGAACAACCUCUCCCUGUUGUCUUUUAACAGUGAAAUGCAUCAUUUUACUCUGAAUGCCUUCUUUCAGUCACCUUGUCUGACUCCUCUCACUGGACUCUCAGGCUUUAAAAGUUACAACAGAGGAAUGAAGAGUCGUGUUAUUGCUGAUGGUUAGAUCCUACCCUGAUUCAUAGUGUCAUUAAUACAGAUGUCGUCCAUGUUUGUGUCUGCAGGUCGUCAGAGCAGCAGAGGAAACAGCAGCCAUGUUGGCGUUAUCCAUCAGUCCAGACCAGUGUAUCAAGGUGCUGUGUCCCAUCAUCCAGUCAGCUGAUUACCCCAUCAACCUGGCCGCCAUCAAGAUGCAGACCAAAGUGGUGGAGAGGAUUCCCCGGGAGGGCCUGAUGAGCCUGCUGCCCGAGAUCGUGCCAGGGCUCAUCCAGGUAACGCACACAGACUUUAAAUACUAAACAUGGUUAACUAAGAUUGUCCGAAAAUCAAACGUCUGCUUCUUAUUCAGAGUCGUUACCUUUACACCAGAUUAUCGAUGUCAGACUAACACCAACUGCAUAUUUCUGUCAGCGGUCCGCUCUCUCCGCAGUUUGUCCUGCAGGUUGGUAAUGAGUUUUAAAUCUGUUUAAACAGGGUUAUGACAACUCUGAGAGCAGCGUGAGGAAAGCCUGUGUGUUCUGCUUGGUGGCAAUUUACACAGUGAUCGGGGAGGACCUCAAACCGCACCUCAGCCAGCUCUCCAGCAGCAAGGUAACCACGCCUUUGAGCAAAGAGACAAUGUUUGAUUCUCCAUCAGGGUGAGAGUGCAGGAUCUGUAUGUGUAUACACACCAAGUACAAACAUGUAGAUAGAUGGAUAUCUUUUCAAAACUCAGUUGGACCAAUACUGUGUUACAUACACCCACUCUGGACGUUUACUGGGCCUCUAUAGUCUGAGUUUCGUUGCAGCUAUGGCAACUCCAAACAUGACAACUGAGAAUUCUGUGUACAUACACUCACCGGCCACUUUAUUAGGUACACCUGUCCAACUGCUCGUUAACACUUAAUUUCUAAUCAGCCAAUCACAUGGCGGCAACUUAGUGCAUUUAGGCAUGUAGACAUGGUCAAGACAAUCUCCUGCAGUUCAAACCGAGCAUCAGUAUGGGGAAGAAAGGUGAUUUGAGUGACUUUGAACGUGGCAUGGUUGUUGGUGCCAGAAGGGCUGGUCUGAGUAUUUCAGAAACUGCUGAUCUACUGGGAUUUUCACGCACAACCAUCUCUAGGGUUUACAGAGAAUGGUCCGAAAAAGAAAAAAUAUCCAGUGAGCGGCAGUUCUGUGGGCGGAAAUGACUUGUUGAUGCCAGAGGUCAGAGGAGAAUGGCCAGACUGGUUCGAGCUGAUAGAAAGGCAACAGUGACUCAAAUAACCACCGGUUACAACCAAGGUAGGCAGAAGAGCAUCUCUGAACGCACAGUACGUCGAACUUUGAGGCAGAUGGGCUACAGCAGCAGAAGACCACACCGGGUACCACUCCUUUCAGCUAAGAACAGGAAACUGAGGCUAUAAUUUGCACAAGCUCAUCGAAAUUGGACAAUAGAAGAUUGGAAAAACGUUGCCUGGUCUCAUGAGUCUCGAUUUCUGCUGCGACAUUCGGAUGGUAGGGUCAGAAUUUGGCGUCAACAACAUGAAAGCAUGGAUCCAUCCUGCCUUGUAUCAACGGUUCAGGCUGGUGGUGGUGGUGUCAUGGUGUGGGGAAUAUUUUCUUGGCACUCUUUGGGCCCCUUGGCACCAAUUGAGCAUCGUUGCAACGCCACAGCCUACCUGAGUAUUGUUGCUGACCAUGUCCAUCCCUUUAUGACCACAAUGUACCCAACUUCUGAUGGCUACUUUCAGCAGGAUAAUGCGCCAUGUCAUAAAGCUGGAAUCAUCUCAGACUGGUUUCUUGAACAUGACAAUGAGUUCACUGUACUCAAAUGGCCUCCACAGUCACCAGAUCUCAAUCCAAUAGAGCAUCUUUGGGAUGUGGUGGAACGGGAGAUUCGCAUCAUGGAUGUGCAGCCGACAAAUCUGCGGCAACUGUGUGAUGCCAUCAUGUCAAUAUGGACCAAGCUCUCUGAGGAAUGCUUCCAGCACCUUGUUGAAUCUAUGCCACUAAGAAUUGAGGCAGUUCUGAAGGCAAAAGGGGGUCCAACCCGUUACUAGCAUGGUGUACCUAAUAAAGUGGCCGGUGAGUGUAUAAUCCGUCUCUUAAUAAGCAGCCUCUCCGGGGUCUGAGUUAGAGAUAUUUCCAAAAAUGAUCAAUUCCAAGUCCUCUACAGAUAGGUGCAAGUCUCCAUCAGUGUGCCUUUUUCCCCAGUAUUUUAGGUUUUGACAUUUUUCUCCUCAUCUGUCUCUGUCGUAGCUGAAGCUGCUGAAUCUGUACAUCAAGCGCGCCCAGUCCGGCUCCAGCGGCAGUGAACCCUCGGCUGAAGGCCUAUAGGAGACAACAGCGCCCUCCCUCAGGGCCGCUGCUGAACUACAACUCUGCCCACCAAACGAACUCACAACUACACACUGGCCGAGAACAAAACACACAACCUAACACUCGUUCAGACUGCUUCCACACAUAAACACACCCAUACACACACACUCAGUCCUCAUACAUUUCCUGUUUGGUGCAGAAGAGAGGAGUGUUGUAGUUCUCCGUGAGCAUCGCCGAGGAUCCGCCCUGACUGAACCCAACCCUCACAUUUUCAUUAAACGUGAACAAAUAACACACAUCCACGCAGGUUUGUCACUAAUCACUCAAGGAUGAAACCAUCCGUCCUCUCCACUUCCUUUAUUUCUCAAAACAAAACCAUGCCCCCCCCCCCCCCCCAGUCCUCUUGAUGUCAGCAGGGAGUGGAAAAACUGCAUGGAUCUCAUACUUUCUUUGGGUGGGGGCGGGGCUAAGGUUCAUAGUGCGGGGUUGAGACGAACGAAUGGUGCCGUCUUUGUGUCUUUCUUGAGCAGCGAGUAAGUGGGUCCAGGUAGACAGGAAUGUAAAUUUACAUUGUGUCAUAGUUUGGGUUUAUUUUACGUCAUGAGUUUUUACUGCAGCAGUUUUAAUGUCUGGAGUUUUCUGUCUAAAACACACACACACACACAGAAACACACACACGCUCUCGUCUUUAUGACAAAGGUGCUGGAAAGCCAAAAAAGGUACGACCAACCCCAGCGUGCAGCACUAACACACUCAGUCAGAGUGGGUCACACCUUAAGAUGCAGAAACAAACAGAACAUUGGCAGAGUCCAAAGUGUAGGAGGUGUUGUGUGCUUGGCUAUGCAUGAGACUUCAUUUUAAAAAGAACUUUUUAUUGGCGGCAGUCAGAGUCGAGUCCCUUUGACUGGGGUUUUAGAUUAAUGUGAACUAAAUCCACCCUGUCCAUUUCUCCCAGAUCAUCUUGGAUAAAUCCAUCUCUGGGAAACGUGGAAAAAAAAAACGAGUGUGUGCUGCUUACUACAUGAAGUAUGACCGGACAUGGCUUAUUAUCACAUAGUGGAUAUGUAUCUAUAUAUGAUAUUAAAAAGGAUUAUCCAAUAACAGUGUCAUUUAGGAGAGUCCCCCCCCUGGGAGGUGCACACGCGCACCUGUGCCCAUCUUUGUUUUUAUUCUUUCUCUCUCUCUCUUUUACUCUCUGUUGCGCGUGCAGUAGUCUCUCUCACACUUGUUUUUCUCAGCGGAGAAACUUGUAGAAAUGUAUUAUUUACAGCUCUGAAAAAAUCUGUCAUGUCAUCAUUCUCUCUUCUCCUCUUCAUCGUGUCUUUUUUUCCUUCCUCUUCUUGUAACAUUCUAGUCUCCACCGUUGUGUUUCCUCCGUGCAUUUACAAAGCUGUGCUUACAAUGAAAUAAAGAACUUGUACAGAUCAUGAGAAGAGCAGC